CUUGACCUUUCGUGUUCCACUGGCCUGUGCUUGUAUUUAACUGAUGCCGGGACAACAGAUUUCUCCUCAGAGGUGUCCAGCGUUGACAUGACAGGCCUUAGUGUUUUGUCCCCGCCAUGUUCAGGAGACAUAAGCCCAGCUCUUCGGAGCACAAGAGAGACCCUGCCAUCCAUGCACCUGCACUGCCCCAUAAUGACAUGAGAAGUUUCUUCAGCUUGUCUCAGCUUGUCCUCUCUGCUGGCCACCUGAAACCGCCUCCAGUCUUAAGGCACUCCAAAACAACUUACUUUGAAGUGGAGAUCCUUGAUGCCCACAGCAAAAAACAGAUCUGUGUAGUGGACAAGGUGAGUCGAUGUGGUGUGUAUGGUUUUUCUCACAUGCUACCUACCCCAGCACGCUGUGGAAUGUGUGAUCUUAAAUGCAUGACUUGCCCUGCAAGCCUAACUCCACUGACUUGGGAGUAAGCCCCACUGAAUUCAAUAGGACUUACUGCUGAGUAGACAUAGUUAGGAGUAUUCUGAGUCUUGCUUUCCUGCCUAUCUAUCUAUCUAUCUAUAUAUGGCUACAUGCAAUAAUUUUUAACCUCCUUCCUGGCCAAAUUGUAAAUGCAUCUAACUCAUUCCACAGCUUGACAGGAAGAAUCAAAUUGUGUUAUUUUUCUGUGAUGUUCAUAUUGCAGCUUAUAUUUAACUUUCCAUAGGAAAGGAUAGAUUUCCCUUUUGUUUUUUUUACCCUGUGGCACUGAUGAAACCCUGUAACUUUCAAACAGGGCAGAGACUCAAACAGACCUAAGUGCAGAACUAGGCUUUGGAAAAUGGGAUGCAUUUAUUUGUAAAUCUCAAAUUCUGCUUUUCUGGCUAUUCCCCCCCACCCUCCACUAUAAAUGAAGGCUCUUUUAAUUUUCUAGGCUAGAUUUUUUUCACAGUAUUUAACUCCUACUUAGCAACUGCUAUAGAUUCAUCUGCAGGAAGACAGAACAAGUUUGCACUCGUAAUGUCCUUUACUGCGGAUUUCAACAUUAAAAUAGUGCUGAAUAUUCAGAGUCUUGCUGUUCAGUGCCAGUGUUUGAUAUCUGAUGAUAUUUAACAUUGGAUAUUAUGGUAGCAGAUUAUAUUUGACAUGUGAUAGUAUUUUAAUGUUUGAUUUUCAGGAUGUGCAAUCCUAUGCAUAUUUACUCAGAAAGUAAAUCAGUAGGACUUAGUCCCAGAUAAGCCUGCAUACAUCUAUAUCUAUCUAUAUUUGUUAUAUAUCAUCUAGAUUUACUAUUUUAAUUUGAUAGGAGGUAUUCAGUUUCCAUAAUAGUCUGCAUUUUACAUUCUCAUUUGAAACCAGUGUGCACUCGUGCCAUUUUUGUGGUAGAGGGAUAAUAAUAACAUAUUUGCAUUAUACUUUAGAAGGUGCAAAAGUCCUUCACCUAUAAUCCUUAAAACAACCCUGUAUUGUAGGGAUGGAAUCCUUAUAAAGGAUUGACAGAAUUGCUGGCCUAAAGGAAUCUUGUGCCUGCAUAACAGAGGUGAAAUUUGAACUUACUGACUCAUAGCUCAGUCAUUCGGCUGCUCUGACACCAGCUCAUGGGUUCACAGGAACUGAACAUCUAUCUACAUGCAUGCCUUAAUGUGCAUGAUGUUACAUCAUUUACAUGAGCCUGCAUUUGUGAGAUGUGUGUCCUUUUGUUAAAACAAAAAAAUGAGAACAAUGGAACUUAAAGUGCUUGACUUUGGUUCAGCUGUGCCCAGGGAGUAUGGCACAGUUCGGAUUGAGAGGGAAAUGUUUUAAUCUUCUUAAAUACCUCUUUGGGGUCUGUUAGAAAUACAAAAGCAAAGCAGAGUGAAAAACUGUUUGUUUUUCCCUCUGCUUUGCUUUUGCUUUUGUUUGAUAAGACAAAGCUAAGUACAACAUAUUUUCUUCCCCUCCCAUUUUCAGAUACCACCAUCAUCAACGCUUCUCGAUGUAAAACAUAAGUUUCACAAAGUAUGUAAGUACCUGGCGGGGCCUUUUGCAUAAAAAAGCUGUCUCCUAUCCUAUCACCAAGAACUCAGAAUAAACUGUAUGUGUGUGAGAGACAGAGAGACAGGCCCAGAUCAAAGGGGUAGGCAGAAGGGGGUUUAUGCCCCAGGUGGCAGACCAAGAGGCAGCAAACAACAUACCGUAUUUUUCCGUGUAUAAGACUGGGUUUUCCCCCUAAAAAUAAUGUCAAAAAUUAGGGGGCAUCUUAUACACAGGGCCAUCUCUCCCCCCGCCCAUUUUCUUAAAUCUGAGUCCCCCGAAAUAGGGGGUGUCUUAUACAUGGGGGCGCAUUAUAGACGGAAAAAUACGGUAAUUUUUCAUACUUGCCACAGCCUGAAGCAAUGCAGGAACAAGCCCUGUAGGAAUGGCCUUAUUUACAGGGUUUGUUCUCCGCUGGUAGGGAUGGAAACAGCCACUUGGGAAAUGAAGGCAUGGGAGAAGAGAAGAGUAGUGAGAGUGAAAAUGGUAGGAAAGAGCAGCAAAAGAAAGAGGAACCAGCAAGGUAACCAGGGAGGAACUGGUUGAAAAAGCCUGCCAUCGUAAGCAGGUCUACUCAGAAGUAAAAUGUAAAGAUAAACGGAUCCCUGACGAUUAGGUCCAGUCAUGACUGACUCUGGGGUUGCAGCGCUCAUCUUGCUUUACUGGCCGAGGGAGCCGGCGUACAGCUUCCAGGUCAUGUGGCCAGCAUGACUAAACCACUUCUGGCGAACCAGAGCAGCGCGUGGAAACGCCGUUUACCUUCCUGCUGGAGCGGUACCUAUUGAUCUACUUGCACUUUGAUGUGCUUUUGAACUGCUAGGUUGGCAGGAACUGGGAUCGAGCAACGGGAGCUCACCCCGUCGUGGGCAUUCGAACCACCGACCUUCUGAUCGGCAAGUCCUAGGCUCUGUGGUUUAACCCACAACGCCACCCAAGUCCCUUACUCAGAAGUACGCCCUAUUAAAUUCAAUGGAGCUUACUGCCAGGUGGAUGGAGUUAGUAACGGAGGCAUUUGGUCUCCUCUUUUUGUGUGGCGGUGGGGAAUGGUCUGUAAUAUGGUGCUUCGCCGCAUUGUGCGCAAGCUCAAGGCAAGUUAUAUGAACUGUUGAAAUUUGCUGCAAUUUAUUAUGUGGGAUUGUCAAGCAGGCACAUACCUGUAGGAGAUAAAUUCUGCCUGAUGAGCAACAAGUUUUCCACGAGCCCAUAGAUAUUUAGAGACAGCUGAGUGUCUUCUAGUGCUGGUGUUCAUUCUAUCUAGAGCUCAUCCACAUGGGAAUUCAGAGACAAAAAAGCCCUCAUGUGACUUAUGAAGACGCAGAAUGUUUAUUUUCUGAAUCAGAAAGUGUUUCUCUUUCCUCCCACUGCAGGGCCAUCAGUCAUAGAUACUAUUAGACUGGCAAGUUUUUAGAGAAAUCCCAGUUGUAAAAGUAUUGCAUUUAGGGACUUAGUGCUUAAUGCAAUUGCCUUAAAAAUAUCUCUUUUUUAAUUUAAGUGUUUAAUUAUAUAGCUGUCAGUUUAAUUCUAAAACUGAAAGGAACAGAUUUUCAAUUUACAUCCAGGGCCAAAUGAAAAGUGGAACUGGAGAUCUUAUGUUUGCUUUUAAAAAAAAAAAAGUUAAUACAGUGGUACCUCAGGUUACAUACGCUUCAGGUUACAGACUUCGCUAACCCAGAAAUAGUACCUCAGGUUAAGAACUUUGCUUCAGGAUGAGAACAGAAAUCGUGCUCUGGUGGCACAGCGGCAGCAGGAGGCCCCAUUAGCUGGUGCUUCAGGUUAAGUGGUGCUUCAGGUUAAGAAUAGUUUCAGGUUAAGAACGGACCUCCGGAAUGAAUUAAGUACUUAACCCGAGGUACCACUGUACCGUCAGCAGCAGACCUGAAUCAGGUCAGGAGACCCACCCCACUUUCUGCCCCCUUAAAAAAAAAAAAAAGCCAAGCACAUAAAACUGAAUGUUAAAUUCUUGUAAAUUGCGGGUCUACUGUAUUUGCUAAACUUUAACCAGCCUAUGGGACGCGGGUGGCGCUGUGGGUAAAACCCCAGUGCCUAGGACUUGCGGAUCGUAUGGUCGGCGGUUCGAAUCCCCGCGGCGGGGUGAGCUCCCGUCUUUCGGUCCCAGCUCCUGCCCACCUAGCAGUUCGAAAGCACCCCUAAGUGCAAGUAGAUAAAUAGGGACCGCUUACCAGCGGGAAGGUAAAUGGUGUUCCGUGUGCUGCGCUGGCGCUGGCUCGCCAGAGCAGCUUUGUCACACUGGCCACGUGACCUGGAAGUGUCUGCGGACAGCGCUGGCUCCCGACCUCUUAAGUGAGAUGAGCGCACAACCCUAGAGUCUGUCAAGACUGGCCCGUACGGGCAGGGGUACAUUUACCUUUACCUUUUUAACCAGCCUUUCUUCAAAGGAAGCUUGGGCUAGGUUUCCCUGCAAGCCUCUCCUCUAUGUAUUUGAUGCAGACUUGUUUAAUUUGAUUAAAAGGGUAUAGGAUAAUCCACCCUGUUCAUGGCUGUUCUUUAAAACUUGUUAAAGUGAAUCCAACUACUGUAAAAGGCUUUCUGUAGGAAUAUUUACUUUAUUUACUUUAAGACUGCAAGCUUCCCGCUUGAAGUUCACAACUGGGGAGAGGGGAUUAGCAGCAGUGCAGACUCUCUGCGACAGCAGUGCGGGAGAAACACAUUGGCAUAUUGCGUGAGCACUUUAGGCAGAAAGUGCAAAUAUUGGAACAUAAGGACAUGUUGGUCCAUUCUCCCCAUCAGCGGUGAUAUACUUGCAUCAGCAUAAUCCAGUGUCACACGUUUUAUUAAUCAGAGAAAAUGUGGCUUAAUCAGCUAUAUACAAUGUUGAAAUAGAAAUGUGUGCAGCUGCUAUCCCAAUAUUAUGGAGGCGGUGCAGAUAAAAUAGCUUUAAUCACCACUCUUUCAUACAUAAAGCUCAGCCUUGAUUGAUUCCUGAUUUGGUUGAUAACCAAGAGGGAGCUGAAAAUAAGCCACCACAAUGCUGUGAAAAGUGGUCCUCUUCAGUGUUACAGCCAACCAGCCAAGCCACCUUUCAGGAAGCGCCAUUCCCCUGCCCAGGGGUGUAGGAAGGGGGGGUGCGGGGAUGCAGGCUGCCCCGGGUGCCAUCUUGGAGGAGGGGUGACAAAAUGGCAAACCUGACUUCAGUGCGCCCGAGCCACGCAUCUCUCCUGGGAGUGACACGGUGACUCGGGACCCCAUGCUGUCCGAAAUGGCUGUAUGGGGUUUGCGUCCCCCAGGUGGACUCCGUGCGCAGAUCACCACGGCAUCCCCGUGCAUAGAUCGCUGCCCCACCCCGGUGGGCGGAUCGCCCUGCCCCCGCCGCUCCGGGUGCCGGAGCAGCUAGCUAUGCCCCUGCCCCUGUCCUCCUGGUUUUCAUUCUCCCACCCCCAUAACAGACACCCAACAUUAUUUUGCGCAUACUGAGCAUGCUUAGUCUGCAUUAGUCUGGGGUGUGUGGUUUUGGGUUGCUUUUUUUUUGUUUGCUUAGAAAAAUUAUUUCUUUAAAGUGGUACCUCUAGUUACGAACUAAAUUGGUUCAGGAGGUCCGUUCUUAACCUCAAACUGUUCUUAACUAGAGGCGUGCUUUCGCUAAUGGGGCCUCUUGCUGCUGCUGCGCCGCCGGCACCCAAUUUCCAUUCUCAUCCUGUGGCAAAGUUCUCAACUCGAGGUAACUCUUCCAGGUUAGCGGAGUUCAUAACCUGAGGCGUUUGUAACUUGAGGUAUCACUGUAUAUAUAUUUAUUAGAGAGAGAGAGAAUUGAAGUACUUUAUUGUCACUUGUACAACUUGUAUACAGUGAGAUUACACAAUCACCCCCCACUCAGUUCUCUUAGUCUUAAUUCCCCUCGUUUACUGACGCAUACCCACCAAACCCAAAAGUCAGUUGCCCUGUUGUUAUCUUUUCAUUCAGCAGCCUAACAGCCCACGGACAGAAGCUGUUCUUUACCCUGUUGGUGCGACUAAUCAUGCUUCUAUAUCUUCUGUCCGAGGGCAGGAGAUCAAGAAAGUGCUGGCCAAUAUGUGAUGAACAAAUAACGUUUGUGGGUUUACAGGAAGCUUUGUGAAGAAAUAUGUAUAGAAACAUUGUAAAAAAGGGAAGAGGGGGAGUAGGUGGAUUUUAAGAUAAAAGACAAUGACAAAUUUUGAACUUGCAGUAUAAAAACGAGAACACGGAGGAUUCACGGAUGAACUGAUGGAAGUCAAAAAUAUGUAUUUGUGAUUGUAUUGAAAAUGUAUGACUAAAAAUUCUUUUUUAUUGGAAAUUAAUAAAAAAUAAUUCAAAAAAAAGAAAGAAAGAAAGUGCUGGCCAGGGUGUGACUCAUCCCUGAUAAUUUCCUUCACUCUCCUGAGGCAACGUUCUUCCACUAUUUCAUCCAGCGGAUUCAUGGGACAGCCCAUAAUAUCUUGUGAUGUAUUCACCAGCCUCUUUAGGCACUUCCUAUCAGUUGAUGUCAAACCAGCGUACCACACCAUGAUGCAGUAUGAAAGGACACUUUCUAUUGUGGACCGGUAGAAGGAGAUCAUCAGAUGAUGAUUGCCAUCAUUCUUUUGCAAUACUCUGAGGAGAUGGAGUAUAUAUUUGUACUUCUUUAAACUUUUGGGUUUCCUCAAGCCUGUUGACAUCUCGUCUUGUGUUUCGGCUAUGUAAGGAUUAACACUCAGAGAACCGAUGCCACAAUUAGGAUUAUACAUGGGGCCUGCAACAAAAUGUUACAGUAAGGAGCUUCUUCUGUUCAGGGAUUCAGCUAGUCGCUAUAUCCAUCCACACAGCCCUAUCCCAGAUUCCCUUCCUGAAUUCCUUCUUAAAUGAGCAUGCUUAGUUGGAAGGGGGACUUCCCCUUGGAGAGGUGUUUAUUAUUAUUAUUGCUAAAGCGCUAAAGCGCUCUCUCUCUCUCUCUCUCUCUCUCUCUCUCUCCCUCUCUCUCUUUGUAUUUCUGCAAACCUGAGAUUUUCCUCCAGCCUGCUGAGAACACAAUGUCAGUUGGAACUUUAUAUACUUGCUGACAUUCUCAAAGAACUCUAAAUCUUAUGGGAGACAGUACUUACCCUUGCAGAAGCUAUGCUGGUUCUGCUUCAGCAAGACUUGCUUUUCUAUAUGCUUGGUAAUUACAUAUUUAACAAAGCUUUCCACCAGGUUCCAUGGGACAGAUGUUAAGCUAACCAGCCUGUAAUUUUCAGCAUCCUCCCACAUAGCCAAACCAAAGUAGCCUCAGUAUAUAAAUAGGUGUGUAUUUCAUCCUUACCCUGUCAGUUAAAAUUGGUUGAGGUCAACUAAAUUUUUAGUUGAUUAAUCUACCAAUUUAUAAGCCAGAACUCCUAGCUAUUAAAAUACUAAAUAAAUCCAUUGUAUUCCAUUGCAGCGGGGCCAGAUAAUUUCUGGGGAGAAAACAAAUAUGUUUUCCUUUUGCAUUCACAGACUGGUGUCUUGUUCAUAUUUUUUCAUAUUUUAUAAACUUUUAACAGUGACAGUAUUUCAGUUCCUCUACCACGAGCAGCACAAAUUUUAACAGGACCGUCCAGCCAAAGUGAAGCAAGCUCCUGAUAUAUAUAUAUUUAUUUUCAGACAGAAAGUCUUCUAGGUGGUAUAGCUCCUUUCCAGGAGCAUUUUCCAGUCUGGGGGAGAAUGAAACACAGGGUUGUCAAAAUGAUACCGUUAUCUCUCUGCAGUUACAUUGAAGUGUUCUUGAGAAUUCUCAGACACUUGAUUCCCAUUCACCUUAAAUGACAUUUAUGAUGACCUUUGCUAUUUAAGGCCUGGACAACCUAGACAUCAAACUUGAUGCAUUUCACGUUCACAAAAAAUAUGUGCCCUGGUUGAUAUGAAAGACACAUAAAGUAGGGGAUUUAAAUAUAUUUCUAUUAGGUUAGCUGAGGUCUUUAAAUCUCUACUCUGUUUUUGCACUGUGCUCUCAUUUUUUGCCACACUAUUCUUUCUAAGAGCAACCUUCUUAUUCUUUUUAAAAAAAUGUUUCAGAGUGAAAGGUACAUUUUUCACUUAUUUGAAUGCAGGUCCCCAGUGGUCGCCAUCUCGCAUUGGCCUGCGACUUGAACGCAGUAAGUACCCGUUUUUCUGCCAAGGUACUCCCGAGCUGUGUUUUCCAAACUUGGGUCUCCAGCUGCUUUUGGACUACAACUCCCAUCAUCCAUAGCUAGCAGGACCAGUGGUCAUGGAUGAUGGGGAUUGUAGUCCUCAAACAGCUAUAGGCCCAAGUUUGAGAAGCCCUGCUCCUGAGCUUGUUUUCUGAAUGAAUUUCCACAUUACCUUUUGUACAUGAGAAUGAGCUUCCCAAUGUUUAUAAUAUGGAUAGACAAACCUAGAACUAAAUGUUUUGCUAUACUGACUGUGCCAGUUUAGAUUUCCCCCAAUAUUUUCACAGAUUUGCAAAUGUGAAGAUUGUCUUAUAUUUUAUGUAUGCACUGCCAUCUUCAGUUGCUAGUCUUGCCAGAAGAUCUUUGGGAAGUGAAGAAGGGGUGGUAGCCCCAAAGGUCAACUUCUUCUCUGACCAGUGUGAACAUGGUGUGUGUUGCUAGCACUGAUCCAUCUUUGUUGUUCUCUUCCUUUCAUGCUGGCCAGAAAGGAGAUUGCUUGCCUGUCCUCCUUAAGGGCUAGAACAGGGGUCCCCAAACUAUGGCCCAUGGGCUGGAUAAGGCCUGAGGGACUUAUUUAUCCAGCCCGCAGCAACUCCCGCUGCCACCGCCCACUCUUACCGGUGCCGUGCUGCACGGCUGCCCACUUCUGGGUCGGAGGAGCACCAGAAACAGUUUGUGUGCAUGUGCAAGCAUUAUUUGUGCAUGCACAAGUAUUAUUUCCGGUACACAACCAGGUUGGAGGAGGCCCAUGCACAUGCACACAAGCUAUUUCUGGUGCUCCUCCAACCCGGAAGUGCACCGGAAAUAACAUAUGCGCACGCGUAUGGGCACGCGCUCCCCCGCCCUCUGGCCUGCCAUGUGAUCGGCUCUGGAGACAUAGGCCCGAGGCGCGGUAAGUUUGCUGACCCCUGGGCUAGAAGCGUGAAUUUGAGCCAUGGGGAACUCACCCUCUGCAAGUCCACCAUUUGAGCAACAUGAGCAAGUAAAUAAGACCUGGGACAAUGCUCUCAUGCUGCAUCCUUAAAUCAAUGUCACGUGAUUUCUCUGUGAAGGUAUUGCAUCAAAUGCUGACCACGUAAUGUUUGGUCACUGUGGUAUAUACUCCAGUGACUUGCCCUACAGCUGUUGCAGACUUGGCGUAAUCCUGUGCUCCCAUUCAAAAGUGAUUUGUGGACUGGCAGGAAACAAAUGUGGUAUGAGGCUAUUUGAACGCUACUUGAACAGAUUUGGCAUUUCAGUGCCUAUGUGUUAGUCGGACAUCUCAUGGAAUUGGGCCGAGCAUGUAACACAUAAGCAGUGUCUGAGUUCACACUUCAUGUCACCUCCUUCUGUUUCUUUGUUAUCAUAGAUGGGUCUUACUUGAGAGACUCCGUCAACAUAAAGGCCCUUGCAGCUUCUUCUAUCAUUACGCUGUAUUUCACGGACAUGGGUCAGCAAGUUACCUGGACAACAGUAAGUUUAACUUUUGGUAAAAUUCACAUGGCAGAGUUGUAUAUUAGCUUGAGAGGUGCUUCUUGCUUUGUUGGUUUUUAUCAUUUUCUUUUUUUAUAUAAUUUUUAUUGUAUAAAAAUUGACUUCCUAUUGACUUCCUUCCCUCCCGCCUCAUGGCUUUCGAAAUUAAUCUUUAUAUCAUUGCAAUUUAUACAUUUUCCAGUUCUAAUUAGACUUGUUACAGAAUGUCUCAAAAUUUAAAUAAAUAUAGAAAGAUAGAAAAUUUCUCAUUACAAGUCAUCGGACAACCCUGCUAGCGAUGUUAAUUGCUUACAACAAUCUUUCAAUUAACAUAUAAAUUUACCCCAAUCCUUUUGGAAUACUUGAUCGUGCUGGUUUUGGAUUUUUCCUGUCAGCUUCGCCAGUUCUGCAAAGUCUAUCAUCUUCAUUUGCCACUCUUCUUUCAUUGGUACUUCUUGCUGUUUCCAUUUUUUGGGCUAAAAGAAUUCUUGUCGCGGUUGUUGCAUACAUAAACAGUCUUUUAUCUUCCCUUGGUAUCUCUUCAUCCACUAUACCCAGUAAAAAGGCUUCUGGUUUUUUAAUAAAAGUAUUUUUAAACAUUUUCUUUAACUCAUUAUAUACCAUUUCCCAGAAAGCCUUUACCUCUUUACAAGUCCACUGCAUGUGGUAAAAGAUACCUUCCCUUUCUUUACAUUUCCGGCACUAAUUAGUUCUUGUUUUGUACAUUUUAGCCAAUUUAGCUGGUGUUAAAUACUAUCUGUACAUCAUUUUCAUAACAUUUUCUUUAAGUGCACUGCAUGCAGUAAAAUUAAUACAGUGGUACCUCAUGUUAAGUACUUAAUUCGUUCUGGAGGUCCGUUCUUAACCUGAAACGGUUCUUAACCUGAAGCACCACUUUAGCUAAUGGGGCCUCCCACUGCCACCGCACCGCCGGAGCACAAUUUCUGUUCCCAUCCUGAAGCAAAGUUCUUAACCUGAGGUAAUAUUUCUGGGUUAGCGGAGUCUGUAACCUGAAGCGUAUGUAACCCAAGGUACUACUGUACCUUCCUUCCACAACCUGUCUUUAUAAUUUUCUAAUGAAACUUCCACAAGUGCUUCCCCCAUGCUAGGCCUUAUUGUGCAUUCCUGGAGCUCCUUUGAACAGAGGUUUUGGUAGAUUGGAACUGGCUUAUCAAAAGAACCCAUAAUAGCUAAAAGCCUGGCUACAAGUCAAGAAGCACCUUUUUCAAAUUUCAACUCUGCAAUGACCUUACUAGGCAACUCACUUUCCCUCAGCAAUAUGGGAAGCUCUUCCUUACUGCUCUUCCUUAUAAGGUUGUUGUGAGGAUUACAGCAAUAUUAUGUUUCAUGCUGCCUUUUGAAUAUACAAAAGUGCAAUAUAAAUACAACUUGUGCCACCUUGUAGUCAGUGCAUGGAGCACAGACCCUGGUCUGCUGCAGCUCAGCUGCUGCAAAAAGCUACAUGAUUCAUCUCUGUCCACCAUGGUGAAACAUUAUGUAAUUAAUUACAUUAUUCCACACCAUUUCAGUGCAGAGGAAACAUAAUGCAAAUGGAAAAAGAACAUCUUCAGUUAUGUAUCAUUGCACAUCAUUCUCAGACAGAAAACAACAGCAAAUACCAAUCGUAUUUGCUGGAUUAAUUCCCAUUCCAAACAUGGGACAAAUAAGUGAGCACCAGCAAUUUUCUGCUGCCAUUUUCAUUGGAAUUCUCUGACAUCCCUAAUCUAAGAAAUGCAAAUUUGGUCAGUUCAUGGAAAAGUACAUCCUACAACUUCUUUAGCUACCACCCGGGAUGUAAGAAUUGGUAUAUGACACACAUGGUAAGAAGCUUUCAAACAUUACUCCUACCGUGUUGUGCGGUACCAUGGUGAAAAGGUAUUUGUUGGUCUGAAUGCAGAGCUUUCAUGCUUAAACUGACAAAUGGAGGAAGCCACAUUCGCCUUGCUAAUGUGCAUAGAUAUUACUAGUCUGUGAAAAACUUUACUGGCCCAUUUGUUUCGUGUAUCUAUGUGGCUCAAUAGCCUGGGAGGAAAUGAAAAAAAACAACUGUUUGCAAAUGCUUCCUAGCCAGGUCACCUAGACCAGCUGAUCAAUUUUUUUAUCACCAACAGUAUCACCAAGUAGCAUUUGCAUCACCAAGUAGCAAGAGAAGAGAUUCUAUAAGAAAGGUGAAGAAAGAGCUAUUCUCGAUUAGUUAACCAGAACACAGGAUGUGCCUUUAAUACAUGGUGGUGGCUCAGAAAUUCUGUGUCACCACCAUCACUGUAAGGUGAGUUUCUCAAAUUAAUGAUCUAGGCAGAUGAUGCUUAUGCUCUGAAUUUAAAAUUCUCUCUGGCAUUCAUGGAAUCAGGAAUUAACGGAAACAUCCACCCCUUCUCUUCUUCUGCCACAUAUAAAUAGAUGACACACAGAAGCAUACUAAGCAUUCAGUACAUUUUGUAUCAGUUGGUCUGGACUCUUUUGUGAAUACGCAUCCUGCUCCAAUUUCAGCAGGCAAGAAACUAAAGCCAGCGCUUUAGAUAAUCUAUAGCACAGCUGCUUUUAUCAUUGUUGCUACUAAUUUCUCCCCUCAAUGUACUCCCCUCCUCCCCCAAAGUCAAUAAGCAACUUUAAUAGUUUUCUGUUCUUGACAUCACAGUGCCUCGACUGUGCAGCUGACUGAUGCCACAGAUGCCCAGUGACAUUGCCAAGUUUGACUAAUUCAUGCUUUCUUAGAAAAGGCUAAGGAAUAAACACCACACAAGUCCCUAAGAAGGUUGGAUGGCAUCUUGUAUGUCUCCUUCUGGAAACUCCUGCAGCCAACCUGGUGCCACAUGUAUGGCUCUGCUUUCCUUUGGACCACACCAGCAAGACUGAGAGGGGGGUAUUGUCUGGGUAGCCCAGGACCUCCACACACACUGCCCAGGCUUGUGCCCCAGAUAGGUCACUUUAGUGCUUCUAAUGCAGCAAAAACAACACAGGAAGCAGCAAUUAUGAGAGUUCAACUUCACCCCCCAAAGGUGUACUCUUCCAUUGUAUUCCAAGAUAGACAGAUGCCAACUGCAACAACAUGUUCUUAUUGAGUAUAAUAGAGGGUGAAACACCCAAGAAAACACUCAGUGUCUUUCUCUACACAAUGGCAGCGUCCAGAAUAAUUUACGCUCAAAGGUGGAAGGACCAGGGCCGUCUUUACCUGGGGGUGCGAGGCACCCGGGCGCUGAAUUCUGGGGAGCGCCUACCGCUGAGGCCGCCUAAGCUCUUAACUAUCUACCUGUUAUGAAAUAAUAAAUCAUUUUGAUCAAGCUAGAAAAACAAAAUACAUAUAUACCUAGGUAUUACCUAAAUGUAUACCUACUGUUUCACUAAAGGACUUUCAACUUUGUGCUCUCAUUUACCUAAGACUUGUUAUGCACAAUGGCGCCGUGCACGCGAAAUUAACUCUUACAUCAAAAUAUUACGUUACAUAUUGUAUUGAGGUGCUAUGCGGCAGCUGGGUCAGUGGCACCUUUGACACGACUGAUGUUUCUCCUAAGUAGGUGCCUAAACAAUACUUAUAAGUUUAAGUGUGGUGUUGUUGCAUACUUAAGUAGAAGUGUAUUGUAAAUAAAUGAGCAAAUAAAAAAAAUGUUUCUUUUUCCUCCCUUCGUUCAUAAACAAGAGAUAAGGGGUAAGCGUGGUGUCUGACAUAAGCAUAAUAAAAGUAAAUUUGGGGGCUAAACUAAAUUUGGGGGUGCUGGGCAGAUCUUUGCAUCCCGGCGGCACAUAUGCUAAAGACUACGCUGGGAUGGACCAAAAUAGUCCUACAAAAGUAGACUGGCAGAAUAAGCUAAUAGAAUAUGUGGAAUUAGCCAUGUUGACUGCAUAGAUAAAGAAAUCUGGAUGGGUCUGCUGUAGAAGAGGAGUGGGAAUACUUUGGAGACUACUUAAAGAAAGAAAUAACCAUAUAAAUUUCCAAGUAGGGCCAGAUACAUGAACAGCAGUGAAAAACAAUCAGAAGGGUGGGGUGGAAUCAAGGAGAUGCAGCUGAACAAAAGUUAAAUAAGAUCCCAUGGAGGAAUGUGUGGAGAAGCCAAAGAGUGUAGGAUAAAGGAUGAUAACUGUAUAAUGGAUGUAUUGUUAUGUAAAAUGCAUCAAGAAACAAAUAUGUUCUUACUACAGUACUUAUUUUUAUUUAUAUAUUUGACAAAAUUCAAUUACGACUUAAUCAACAAAACCCUGUAAGCAAUUUAUAUAUAACACCACAGAAUAUUAAUCAAAAUAGCAAUAAAAUAAACUGUUUCAAACCAAUUGACAUGAAAAUAGAAAUAAAUGCAGUUUUAAAAACAGAUAUACGUCAAUCCCUGGAAUAAAUCAGUCAGUAGAGUAUGAGACUCUCAGGUUAGAGCCCCACAUUGGGCAAAAGCUUCCGGCAUUGCAAGGGGUUGGACUAGAUAACCCUCAUUAUCCCUUCCAACUAUACAGUUAUGAUUCUAUAUAAUUCCAUGUUAAAAUUCUGUGUUAAAACUAUGUAUCUGGGUAGGCUUGCCUAAACAAAAAAGGUUGUUAGCAGACCCUGAAAACUUCAAAGAGCCAAAGCAGAGGACUGAUACCUUGUAAAUAUGAAAUGGAAGGGACGCUAUCCAUUCUGAAUAAUGCCAGCACAAACUGAAGCAGUUGAUUGGGUACAUAAGGAGUAAGGCAAUGAGUAAGGAGUAAGGCUCGUUCACAGGUGCUUAUAAUAUCAGUGGAAACUGUUGGUAACCAGCUUUAAUUUUAACCUGAAGAUUGCCACUUGUCCAGUUUUAAUUUUAAUUUGUUUGAAUUAAUUGUGGGAUGUAUCUUAAUUUAUUGAUCCCUUGUUUUUAUGCAUUGUCUUACUUGUAUGAUGUUUGUCGCUCUGAGCCCGGCUUUGGCCGGGGAGGCCGGGAUAUAAAUAAAAAUAUUUAUUAUUAUUAUUAUUAUUAUUAUUAUUAUUAUUAUUUAUUUAAGUAAACUGGUUCAAGGGCUUUAUAUACUGAUAGCAACACCUUGAAUUUACCCAAUUUUUCCCCAUGAAAACUGAAGGUGAACUUAAACAGACUUGUUGACUUUGCAUGCAGGCAUACCUUCCAAUGAAAAUAGGGAUGUCCCAUUCAAUAAUAAUAAUAAUAAUAAUAAUAAUAAUAAUAAUGUUAUUAUUUAUACCCUAGCCAUUUGGCAUUUGCCAGAUGAUAUUAAGGCUGCACAGGAAAAUAUCACUCUAUGAUCCCAUUAGCUUCAGAUGACCUUUUUUCUUUCUUCUUCUUCUUCCAGGUUUUUCUAACCGAAUAUACCGGGCCUCUUCUAAUCUAUCUGCUCUUUUACCUUCGCCUCUCAAGUAUUUACGAUGCAAAGGAGAGCGCAAGAAGUCUACGCCAUCCUGUGGUUCAGUGAGUAAGAAUGGUCUGUGCUCAAGGAUGAUAUGAUGUGAUGAUGCCCUCUUAGAGCAAAGACAGACAAAAAUGUGAGUGAACUAAGUUUAGUGGAGGUGGUCUACCAUGGUUGCCUCAAUCUAUUCAUCCAGUGCUUUUUUCCCCUGGGGGUACGCAGGGGUACGCAUACCCCUCAACAUUUUAUGAAUCUAAUGGGUAAGGGUAAAGGUAAAGGGACCCCUGACCAUUAGGUCCAGUCGUGACCGACUCUGGGCUUGCGGUGCUCGUCUCCCUUUACUGGCUGAGGGAGCCGGCGUACAGCUUCUGGGUCAUGUGGCCAGCAUGACUAAGCCGCUUCUGGCGAACCAGAGCAGCGCAUGGAAAUGCCGUUUACCUUCCCACCGGAGCGGUACCUAUUUAUCUACUUGCACUUUGAUGUGCUUUCGAACUGCUAGGUGGGCAGGAGCAGGGACUGAACAACAGGAGCUCACCUUGUCGUGGGGAUUCGAACUGCCGACCUUCUGAUCGGCAAGUCCUAGGCUCUGUGGUUUAACCCACAGCGCCACCCGCGUCCCUUUUAGGAAAUAUUUAGGGGGCGCCAAAUUUUGUCCUUGCUCGGGGUACCAAAUUACCAAAGUUCACCCCGGAUAUGGUCACCUGAAUUUCUACCCCAGACAGACAGAAUGUUAGGAGGAUUAUCAUAGGUAAGCAAUUAUAAACAAACUACAGACCUGAUUGGUUUUGAUGGACUAAUGCAACAUUGAUAAAAUGAUUCCCUUCUGAUCGGCAAGUCCUAGGCUCUGUGGUUUAACCCACAGUCCCACCUGCGUCCCGAAUCUAACAGGAGAACUAAAAAAAUCAAAAAUUUAAUUUCUUCUCCAGCAUGGUGAAUCAUCAGUUGUGUUGAAGAGCACGGUGAUUCGUCAGUUCCGUUGCUGCAACCCCCAAUGGCGGCCUCAUUUCCUGUCAGGUGUAUCCUGAGUCUCAGACGGAAUGAGAGUACUCCUAAACAUAUGUUUUUUUUAAAGCAAAAAAGCACUGGAUUCAUGGAUGGGUUAGCCAUGUCAUUUACAAACACACACACCCUUCAAAUCUGUAUUUAUUUAUGAAUUUUAUGCUGGGUAAUAUGUGUAAAGGAAAAACUUGAGCCCAUAAGCUUAUGCAAGCUUUUUAUACCCCCUCUUUUAAACAUAGGCAUAUAAUUGCAAACAAAAGUAAUCACAAAAACAGUCAUAAAAGCAAGAAGAAUAAAAACUCCAAGAUAAUGAAAAUAUAUUCCAUGGUGGAAAACAAGGUUCACAUUUAUACCAAAGAUAUCAAAUAAUCAUGAAUGUUGGCAAAUGAACGCAUAUUUAGUGGGAAUGUGCCAACGAUGAGAUUGUUGGGUCAUGUAAAUCAUAAAUGUCCCCCAAGCAGUAGCAAAGUCUGAGGGGUCCCCAUCACCCAUGGCAACACGUAUGAAUCAGUUUUUUGGAAAUGGCAAUGAACAUGACUUUCUAUGGAUCUACAGAAUAACAAGAUGCAGCCUUCUACCCUGGAAGGAUCACAUAAGCCAAUAUGUUCCCCAUAUAUGCCUUACAACCCUAACACCAUAAGGGGAAACCAGACUUUAUGAUAUGAAUUUCUAGUGCAUAUUCUUUCUCUUUUAGAGAGGUUCAAGGAGGGUGAGGUCUUGACUGGUGGGCUUUUUAGAUCUUGAGGAAUAUUUAACCUAUACAGUGGUACCUCUGGUUGCAAACGGGAUCCGUUCUGGAGCCCUGUUCACAACCUGAAAGGAACACAACCUGCGUCUGCAUGUCUGCGCACGUGUGGGUCGUGAUUCGCCACAUCUGCACAUGCGCGAGUGGUGAAACCCGGAAGUAACCCUUUCCGGUACUUCCGGGUUGCUGCCGGACAUAACCUGAAAAAACAUAUCAUGAAGCAAACGUAAUAAGAGGUAUGACUGUACCAGGCAUGUCCAACAGGUCGAUCGCGAUCUACCGGUCGAUCGCGGGGCGUCAGUGGUAGAUCAUGGUCGAUUGCAGGACGGUUUGCAAAAGUCCCACCACCCCCCAAAAAGAAAAACGUCCACAACUGAUUUGUCUCACCUUAAAAAAAGUUCAACAAAGCGUGUUCUCCUUCAUGGAGAGCAUGUGUUGCGGUGGGGUCUGCUGAGCCACCCCUCUGUUACCAGGCAGGGUCUCUAAAGAUGGCCUGGGGCAGUGAUUGGUUCACUGGGUUGCUGGGGUAAAAGUUAUGUUGCAAUUUUGGUGGGAGGGGUAAAAUGUUUAAAUACUCUGCACGCAGCCUGGAGCUUUCUCUGUGCUGCAUGCAACGGAUCACCCGCCCACCCGCCCUUGAGUAAGGGGUUGUUGCAUUGACCUUGCUAUGCCUGUCAUGGGGUCGUCUGCCUUGGGGCAGGGGCCUGGUAGGAAUUUUGUCCAUCUGGCUGAUUGGCUGGGCCAUUUGGUUUUUGCCUACUGCGUAGCAAAUCGUCACAACUUGUAAGGUUGCGGUUAGGCAUUGGUUAUAAAUUGGUGGAGGAGGGGUUAGGAUAGGCUGGGUCUGCCCCUCCAUGGUUGCUGCGGAAAGAGAAUUCCGUUAAAGGAAUCCUGGGGCUUGCCAUCUUUUCGUCCAAUCCCUGGAAUGGGACUAGGGCCGGCAAGCCUUCGGGGAGCAUGCGGAUGAGAAUUGAGGGUCUGUGACUCAGCUCCAUUUCUCCCCGACUUGUUUUCCUGCACUGUUUUUCGGUGGUGCCCGGAAGUCAGUUCUGUCCCCAGGCGGGGGGACAGAUAGUCUUAACCAAUGCCUAAACAACCACUCACGGUUUUGUAUUUAAAUAAAGUUGUGGCCAAAAUUAUGCCAAAAACCUUAAACAAAAAUUAAGUGUGCGUUGUGAGUUAUUUGGGGGGUGGCUUGGGGACCUCGACACGCAACUUUGGCUGGCAAUGACAAUCAGUAGAUCGCAGCCAGUAUUUUAAUACUUUGAGUAGAUCGCUGUCUCUUGGGAGUUGGACGUGCCUGACCUAUACAAUGCAGAUUGUGGAUGGCUUCUCUAAGAUAACCUAUUGAGUUAAUGGGAGAAGCAAGCCUCUUAACCAGUUCAGGGUAGUAGGUGACAUUUAAAGAUGGCUACAUCAAACAUUGCAAUGAAUUUUUUGGUUGGAUUUUUUUUAACCUUUACUUCCUUCUCUUUCUAAUUUCUGCAGCCUGGCUUGCUUCUGUCAUUGUUUACACUAUGCCAGGCAUCUACUGGAGACACUCUUUGUGCAUAAGAUUUCGGAAGGGCACACUCCCCUGAAAAAUAUGAUCAAGGUGAUUUUCAUAUGUAACAUAUUAUACCGUAGAACUGAUUGAGAAAAGCCACUCUGAAAACUUUGUUGCAGAGCAGCCUAUACAGUAAAUAUUGCAGACAAAUGAAUGAAUAAGUGAAUAUGUGCUACGACGAAUGUCAGUCACCUGGUUGUCGGGGCCAGGUAGGAAUUUUUCCACUUGGCAAAUUGGCACCAGCCAUUUGGUUUUUGCCAACCUAGCAGCAAUCAUCAUAACUUUGUAAGGUUAGGCAUUGGGUAAGCCUUGUCAUGGGAGGGGUAUCCCAUUAAAGGGAUCUGGGUGUGUGGUUCCUGUCCGAAGGCUGGGCAUGGGCUAGGGCCAUGCCAUGACCCCAACAGUGAUCCUGGGGGUGCUCUUAAUUGAUGUAUAUCAUAGGGCUCCCCCUAUUGUGGUUGACCCUCGAGACUUCCUGCAGACAGGCAGGAGUCAGGAUAUAGUCUUGCUUCACCAGUUGCCUAAGCCAAACCGCUCACAUCUAUAACCGAUAAAGUUGUGGCCUAAUUUAUCCCAUUAACCCAACAUAUUCGUGUCUGUGUUUGUUUCUGGGGAAACUGUGUGGCCCGGCACCUUGCCACGCAACUCACCUGCCUGGUGUUGAUGCCUUCAGGCCUCUUCUUUCCCAGUCAGUCUGCUGCCACUCCAUUGCUUUAGGAACAUUAUCUUGGUGAUGGUUACAGCAACCCCAAAAGGCAGGCCACUACUCCUAUUCCUAUAUUACGGUUGGGAGAGAUGUGUCUGAAAAAGUUGCAUUUCCUUCACCAGUAACUGCAACCAGUCUCCAGACACUUAUAAGAGCAGGGAUUCCAGGUUAGGAGACGUUUUCCAUGGGGGGGGGCGUGGGGUGAGAAUCACUAGCUUUUUUUGUUUUUUGGUAAGUUCAAUAUAUUUUGUGCUGGGCACCUUUAAUUUUUAUUUUAUUUUUAAAUUAGUUUUUCAGGUUUUAAAAUUUUACAAUCAAUUAUCCAACAACCAACAUAGAAACAAGAUUCCAAAGAAUCUCCUGAACUUUCCUCCUCCCUUUUGUGAGCCCUUAUAUUUGUUGGGAUACUGCCAGGGAGAUAAAGUCCAUCAAGGCCCCCAAGCCGUCUGCCGGACGAUCCAUCUACCUCCCGUAGGCACGCAGCGACAUGAGUUUCUAGAAAAUAUCUUGCCACAUUCUAGAGCUCAUGCACGCUCUAUCAGCAGAUAAAUGCACAGCCAAAAGUUGCAGUCAGGAGAGCAUUAUUUACAAGUUUAUUCAGCGUUGAUCAGAACACAGAAAAACAUGACUGACUGCUUUAGUGUCUGCGACAACAGAGAGAAAACGAAAGCAACAGAAAACAUAAACAUCCUGUGAACAGGAAAUACGCAGACUCUGACUCACAAAGCCUGCUCCUUUUAAGGUGGAACGGAAAUAUCCUAACAUCCUCCCCUUUCCGUGUAACCUGUAGUACCUGUGGUUCAACCCAAUUGCAACCUUUGUACAUAAACCUUAAGUUGUUCUCUGUUAACAACCUUAGACAACAGAUCAGCAGGAAUUUCAUUUCCUGGCAUGUAGGACACCUGAAUGAGUCCUUUCUGAAUACACUCUCUUGCACGAUGUAGCUUAAUCUGCAAGUACUUGGUCCUUUGCUUGCAACUCUCCGAGUUCAGCAAAGCCAAACACGAUCUAUUGUCUUGAUACACUUGUACAGGACAUUUCACAGAAACUCCGAUGUCCUUAAACAGUUGCAUCAACCAUUCACAAUCCAUGAGUGAAAAUGACAGAGCAUUGAGUUCUGCUUCACAGGAACUUAGGCUCACUGUCGUCUGCUUUUUGCACAACCAGUCAAACAGGCAGUGGUUGUACAUGUAGCAUACUCCAGAAGUGCUUGUACCAUCCGUGGUGUCACUUCCAAAACUUGCAUCUGCAAAGAUUUCAAGACCUCCAGUCUUCUGACUGGUGAACCUCAGCCUGUAGUGCAAAGUCCCUUUCAAAUAGCGGGCUAUGCGCUUCAGAGCUUUCCAAUCCUGAACAGUAGGAUUGUUAGCAUGUCUGCUAAGCAGGUUAGUGCUUACAGCUAUGUCAGGUCUUGAGCAUCUAGCAAUGAAAUUCAACUUGCCUAGAAUGCAUCUGUACAGCGUUGUGUCAGAAAACGCUUCAGCAGUACUGUCUACCUGGUAACCUGUCACCAUCGGUGUGUCUGCUGGGUUUGCAUCAACCAAAUUCAACCUGGUUAAUACAUCAGCAAUUUUCUGUGUUUGGUGUACCAGAAAAUUACCUGCUUGGUCCCUCUCCACCUGCAGAGAAAGAUAGUUGGAUACCUCACCAAGAUCCUUCAUGUCAAAGUGCUCCUUCAGUUGAGCUAGGGUGCUUUGGUACAAAGCCUGAUUCUUCCAAAACAUCAGAAGAUCAUCAACAAAACAUAAACAAUACAGUUUGUUUUGCCCCUCCUCCUUGACAAACACACAUGGAUCAGCUUUGCCCUGGUGAAAACCUAGAGAAAGCAAUGUCUCAGUGAGUUUUGUGUUCCAACACCUGGCACUCUGCUUGAGACCAUAUAAGGAUUUCCGCAGUUUACAGACCAUUCCCUUCUGUAUCUGCAUCCCGUCAGGUGGAAGCAUAAACAGCUCCUCCUCCAAAAGCCCGUACAAAAAAGCUGUAUUAAUGUCAUGAUGGGAAACAUGCAGUUUCUCCUCUGCAGCUAUCUUGAGCAUCAGCCGAAUGCUCUCAUAUUUGACGGUGGGUGAGUAGGUCUCGUGGUAAUCCUGUCCUGGUACCUGUGAAAAACCUCUGGCAACCAAUCUGGCUUUGUGUCUGACAACCUUGCCAUUCUGGUCUGUCUUGGCCUUGAAGACCCAUUUGCUGCCAACCAGUCUCAUUCCUGGGACUACCGGUACCAGUUCCCAAGUUUGGUUCCUAUUCAAGGAAUCAACUUCAGCCUUCAUGGCAUUAAGCCAAGGCUCAGCAUCUUUAGAGGUUAACUCCUGAACCUCUUUGAAGCUUGAAGGUUCCCAUACCUUCUCUGAGCUACUAAGAACAGCAGUUGCUGUCUUAGCAAACUCAUCAGCAAAUCUCUUUGGAGGUCUGCCCUUUGUGGCUCUUUCAGAUCUGCGUACUAGACGCAAGUCUUCUGGACUCAUCUCCUCUUUCUUAGGAGAAAAGUGACCAAUGGUGAACAGUGGUUCUUCCAGAUCAUUGUCAGACGCAUCAGAUGGUCUGACUGAGGCCUUUGCGCUCUUGUAGUCUGCUGUGUCAUCACUGUCACUGACACCAGCAGCAGCGCCGCCCACUGAACUGGAAUCCGAACUCUGAUCAUCAUCAUCGUCAUCAUCAUCCUCAGCAGCUUCCUCAGCUUUAGCUGCUUCUUUGACAUCACCUUCAUCCUCCUCUGGGUAACUCUGGAAAAUUCCCACAUUUUCCCCCCACUUAGGAUUGUACUCAACACUCUUUGUGAACUUAAUGAACUUAGAGUUGGUCAUCCACACCCUGUAUGCACCUUUUCGUACCCCAUGAACAAACCAUGUGCCCCACGCUUCCCAAGCUUGUUGCUCUGUGGGGUGUGUACCCACAUGUCAGAACCAAAGAUUCUCAUGUGCUUGAUGUUGGGUUUCUUACCAAACAUCUUCUCAUAGGGAGUACAACCAAUAGGUGAUGACAAUCUGCGAUUAUAAGUGUAAGCAAAAUUCGACAGAGCCUCCCCCCAAUACUUAUCAGGGAGAUUGGCAUCAUGCAACAAUGUUUUCAUUCCUUGCAGCAACGUUUGAUUUGCUCGCUCCGCAAGCCCAUUCAUCCAUGGCGAUCUAGGCGUUGACAAGUCAUGCUGGAUUCCCUUCUCAGUCAGGAAAGCUUCAAACUGCUGAGAAGUGAACUCCCCGCCUCGAUCAGUAAACAGACAACCAAUGCGUUUACCAUGAACAUUCUCCAACCAAGCACAGAAUGCCUUGAACUUAGGAAACGCUUGCGAUUUCUGCUCGAGCAUAAACACAUGAAUGUACCUGGAAAAAGAGUCAAUUAGAACCAUGAAGUACCUUGCUCCACCCAAAGAGGGCGCAAGUGGACCAACCAGGUCUGCGUGCACUAGCUGGUAGGGUUUGGAAGCCUGCCUGCUAGACUCCUUGCCUUUUGGAGCAACCUUCACCUUGUUCUCUGCACAAGAUACACAUUUCAUGUGAAACCUACAGGGUUUGAUGUUCAAACCCUCAACCAUCUCUGGCAUCUUGGCCAGUGCCUUCCAAGAGAGAUGGCAAAACCUUCGAUGUGCAUCGUGAAUGCAUCCUGCAUGAAGAACUUUGUUAGUUUGUGCAACACAACAAGAAUCAGCAUUAGACACAACAGCACCAAUGUCAUCAUAAGUUAUACAGAACAAGCCAUCCAUAAACUUUGCAUGCAAAAUGUCCUCUUUGCCUUUUCUGAUGACACAGACGCUCCUCUUGAAGGAAAUCUCAAAACCACGCCCAGUCAGCUGUGGGACACUGAGCAAAUUGUCUGCAGCACCUGGAACAUAAAGUACAUCUCUGAUGGUAGUGUGCAGACUUGCCAGUUUCACAGUCCCGACUCCUGCGAUUCGCAACGUCUUUCCGUCAGCCAGGUGGAUCUCACCUUCUUGAGGUUUGAAGGAGAUAAAGAGGUGGAGGUCCUUUGAGACAUGGCGGGUACAGCCUGAAUCAACAACAAACCUGGCUGUGACGUUUGGAGCAGUCUUUGCAGCAAGCAAAACCUUGUUUUCCACCGGCGUGGGCUUUUGCAGCUUGCCCCCCUGCUCCUGGCCAUCAGGCUUGCCUUUAGCCUUUGGUGAGGCUGUGCCAGCAAACAAAUCCUUUUUUUCGCCUGGCGUGGGCUUUUGCAGCUUGCGGCGCCUGCUCCUGGCCAUCAGACUUGCCUUUAGCCUUUGGCGAGGGUGUGCCAGUAAACAAAACGUUGUUUCCUCUGGCGUGGGCUCUUCACCCUCCCUCUGCUUCUGGCCAUCUGCAGGCGUCUGCCUCUGUUUACCUUUGCCCUUCCGGCCUCUGCAAAGGCGAUGACCUUGGCUCCCACGAGAAACAGAGCCUUCAGCUGCCGACUCCUUGGCUCCCCCUGGAGGCUGGAAUGCUGCCUGGGAUGACUUGACAGUCAGCUCCCCCUGCAGCUUGCAACCGGUGCCCUCGGCAUCCCUGCAUUCACUCGCAUUCUGGGAAACAGCCAGGACCUCCGAUGCAGUCAAACUCUGGGCUGGGAUGACUGGCAAAUGGGCUAUCUUCAAAGCAUGCCACAUCUUCCGUGCAGUCAGAUUGCCAGCAAGCGUCUUUAUUUCCUCCAGAGAGACGGACAAGACGAUUACGUCAACGGCCUUCGAAUUUUCGGCCUUCCAUCUAUCUGUCAGAGGAACUGGAGGGGCCUCACACACAGUAUGCCACACUCCAAACUGACGCAGCAAGCUCUCACACCACACAGCCCAGGUCCCAUAAUUGUGCCGAUUUAACUUUGGGCACUCAGCAGCCUCAGAAGCCUGGAAAAACUCCAUUCCAGGUUUUACUUGAGCCUUGAGCCUUUAAAGACGUCUUAUCUUAGCAGCUAUAAAUCUUGAGGCCUUUGGCGCGGCUCCCAGAUCCAUUAAUCUGCCGGAGUUCAAAGGCCCUUGCCACGGCAAACAGAAAAGCCUCACUUUCGCUUUUCCUCCACAUACCUUUCAGCAGUCUGUCGCAGUCUUACUCUCCUGUAAGUGCUGUGAAUCUGGGCCCAUAACCUGUUGUUGGGAUACUGCCAGGGAGAUAAAGUCCAUCAAGGCCCCCAAGCCGUCUGCCGGACGAUCCAUCUACCUCCCGUAGGCACGCAGCGACAUGAGUUUCUAGAAAAUAUCUUGCCACAUUCUAGAGCUCAUGCACGCUCUAUCAGCAGAUAAAUGCACAGCCAAAAGUUGCAGUCAGGAGAGCAUUAUUUACAAGUUUAUUCAGCGUUGAUCAGAACACAGAAAAACAUGACUGACUGCUUUAGUGUCUGCGACAACAGAGAGAAAACGAAAGCAACAGAAAACAUAAACAUCCUGUGAACAGGAAAUACGCAGACUCUGACUCACAAAGCCUGCUCCCUUUUAAGGUGGAACGGAAAUAUCCUAACAAUAUUAACCCUUUCCUCCUGCACCUUUUAUAUCAAUCCAAAUCUUCUACAUCUCCAUUAUAUCCAAAAUUCAACGUUAAACUACAAGUGUUAUUCCAAUCCUACCAAUGAUUUUAGUUAUUUACAAUGGUUUUUAAGGUAAAUUAUGUAUUUUCCCCAUUCCUUAUUAAAAUUUUGAACUUCCAGGUUUUUUAUUCUUCCGGUCAUUUUUGCCAUUUCGGCAUACUGUAAUCCAUCAACUCAAUCUGCCACUCUUUUUUUUUUUUUACAAUAAUAUUUAUUACAUUUCAUCAAUAGACAUAACAAAAAAGAAAACAUACAACAACACAAUAGAAAGGUGAAAAAGAAGAAGAAAAAAUAACAAGCUUAAGAUACCUAAACAGAAAAAAAGAAUCUCAAUUAAUUAAUUAAAAUGCACUUUCAUAAACAUUUUGGUCGACUUCCUCUAAUCUCCUCCAUCUGAAUUUCCUCUUAAUUUGAAUGUAGCAAUUUCCAGUAUCAUUAUUUCAUAAAACAAUAUUACAGUCAUAUUCCAAUUUCUUUACCUUUCUUAUAAUACAUUUUCUUAUUUAUAUAUUUAAGUCUAAUUUAAUCCUAGGCCUGAUUUCUUCUUUCAAGUGGUUACAUAUCUUUAAUAUUAGAGUAUUUGUUCAAAUAGUCUUUAAAUUUCUUCCAAUCUUCUUGGUAGUCCUCUUCUUUCUGGUUGCGGAUUCUCCCGGUGAGAUCAGCCAGCUCCAUAAAUUCCAUCAUCUUCAUCUGCCAUUCUUCUACCAUUGGUAAUUCUUGUGUUUUCCAUUUUCUGGCUAAUAAAAUCCUAGCAGCUGUUGUGGCAUACAAAAAUACUUUCACAUCUUUUGGGGGCAAUUCAGUACCUACUAUCCCAAGGAGAAAGGCCUCUGGUUUCUUAAUAAAUGUAUAUUUCAUCAUUUUUUUUUAAUUCAUUAUAAUUUCCCCCCCCAGAAGUCCUUUACCUUGGAACAAGUCCACCACAUAUGAUAGAAGGUACCUUCUUUUUCUUUACAUUUCCAACAUACAUUGUCACAAUUAUGGUACAUCUUUGCCAAUUUAACAGGGGUUAAGUACCAUCUAUACAUCAUUUUCAUAAUAUUUUCCUUUAACAUUGUACAUGCGGUAAACUUAACCCCUUUCCAAUCUGCCAUUCUUCUCUGGUAGGGACUUUAUCUUCUUUCCAUCUCUGGGCCAAUAAUAUCAAAGCAGCUGUGGUCGCAUAUAUAAAUAGUCUUUUCUGCUCCCUUGGGAUUUCAGCACCUAGAAUUCCUAAAAUAAAAGCUUUAGGGGUUUUUUAAAACAUUUUUUUCAGUUCAUUGUAUAUCAUUUCCCAAAAUUCUUUUACUACCUUACAUGUCCACCACAUAUGAUAAAAGGUGCCUUCCUCUUCCUUACAUUUCCAGCAUGUAUUUGACCCUGUUUUAUACAUUUUUGCUAAUUUACUAGAAAUACCAACAAUACAACAUUUUCAUAUAAAUUUGUUUCAACGUAUAGCAUGCUGUAAAUUUCAAAUCUCAGUCCCAUAGCUUCUCUCAUGCUGUAAGUGUAUCAUUACUCAGUGUAUCAUUACUGAUUUAACCAGUUCCUCUUUUUUAUGCCAUUCUAAUAUUAAUUUGUGCAUUCUUGAAAGCAAUUUUGUUUUGUUCUCUAACAGCUCUUUUUCAAAUUUAGAGGUUUCGUACAAAACAAUUCUUUUUGUCCGUCUUAAAUAUAUCAUUUAAUUGAUGGUAUUGUAACCAGUCAGUUAAUAAUUCUCUUAUAUCCUCAAACCUCUUCAAUUUCAGUUGGUGUUCUACUUCCAUUAACAGUUCUUUAUACGUUCCCCAGUCAUUUCUCAUAUUCAAGUUUUUUUAAAAAAAGAUAUCACUUCCAGUGGGGAGAGCCACCAUGGUGUUUUUUGUUCUAAUAGAUUUUUAUAUUUUUCCCAUACUUCAUAAACCGAUUUUCUUAGUACAUGAUAUUAAAAAGCUCUAUGUACAUUAACUUUCUCAUACCACAAAUAUGCAUGCUAACUACAUCUAUUAUCAUGACCUUCAAGGUCUAAAACAUCAGUAUUUUUUAAUAAUAUCCAUUCCCUUAGCCAGCAUAGAUAGGAUGCCUCAUAAUAUAAUCUUAAAUCUGGUAGGGAGAAUCCGCCUCUGUCUUUAGAGUCUAUCAGCAAUUUAUAUUUUAUUUUUGGCUCCUUUCCCUGCCAGAUAAAUCUGGUAAUAUCUUUUUGCCAUUCUCUGAAGUGACCUGCAUUGCUGAUCAAGGGUAUAGUUUGGAAUAAAAACAACAUUUUUGGCAAUACAUUCAUUUUAAUUACCGAUAUCCUUCCCAAUAAUUAUAAGUUCAUCCUUCCCCACACCUUUAAAUUUUUCUUUAUUGUAUUGUUAUCCUUAAAAAUAUUUCACUAGCUAAAUUGAUGCAGUGCUGGAGCCUUGUCUGGUACGUUCUUGGAUCCCAGCUGAAGUGCCCUCCAAGAGGAUGUUUUCUCCCAUUAGGGCUGAGCCAGCAAAUGAAAGGAGAUUCGAUCCAUACUCUGAGGAGUACAGAGAUGCCUUCAUGUCCUCCUCAUGUAUAUCCUUGCCUUCCAGCCCAGGGAGUUUCCUCCUACACUAUAGGAUGCACUCUAGACUAUGUACCUUCCAAGGCCUCUCCUUUCACUCAGAUCUAGGGACCCCUCUCCUUGGAUUCUGUGCUCUGCCUUCUUCUCUCCACCACGUCAUCCCUUUUUGAGGCAGCCUGGAAGAUGGAGAAAGAUGGCGUCUCCAUUCCCCACCAAAACGAAGACUGCAAGCUUCUCACCCUCAAAAGGUCUGCUGUGCCAGUUGUCACAGCAAGGUUGUUAUGGCUUGCAGAAAAGUGACAGGUGACUCGAUCAGGAGAGAUACAGUGAAAGCCCAGCUAAGUAACAGUGGUAGGAGAAACAGAAUCUUCAUUUUCCUCUCAUCUGUAAAAGGCUUCAUCUUGUUCAUUUUAAGAGCUUGGCAGGGUUUUGUGGCACAACGGGUGACAGCAGCGUUAUCAAAGAGAUUGCACAUCCAACUGAAAAGCUGGGAUCAGCAGAGAUGUGGUUGGCUGCAAAGCAUUAUGACAUCACAAUGGGGACUGUUUCUCAGCCUCUGCUGUUGCUAAGCAAACUUUAAAAGUGCAUUUUCUUGAAAAUGAGAAUAGUUACGACAAUUCUUGCUCCUCUGUUGGGUAUUUUAUUUACUUGGCAAAAUUUAAAUACUACCAGAUUGUAAUAAAACUCCUGAGCGGUUUACAAAACCACAUUAAAAUUGUCAAUAUGACCGUUAAAAACAUGUAAAAACAUUAAAAAGAUUAAAACCAACAGUAUAUUAUUGUUGUUGUUGUUGUUGUUGUUGUUGUUGUUGUUGUUGUUGUUGUUGUUAUUUAUACCCCACCUUUUCCCCUGACAGGGACGUAAGGCAGUUUAAAGAUUAAAACAAAAACAGCUAAAAACUUAGGGGGGGAAACCAAUGACUAAAAAACAAUUAAACAUGGAUACAAUUAAAACUGUAUAUAUGCACAUAAUAUAUAUAUUAAGACCAUACAAAUAAUUAUAAUAAAAACAGCAUGGCACCUGCCCCUUCAUUAAAAGCAGUGAGUUCCCAAAAUCCUGGUGGAACAAGAAAGUCUUCGCCUUCCAUCAGAAAGACAGCCGUCUAACUUCUCUAGUGACUGAGUUCCAAAGUCUGGGAGCAUCCACAGAGAAGGCCCUCUUUCACCUAAACUAAAAAGCCUAAAAAGAUUAAAACACAUGCCAACCUUCAACGUGCCUUUUACUAAACCAAAAGUGUAGGUGCUGCCAUAAUAAAAUAUUGAUUUCUUACUAGUGCGGAAUAAGUAUUAUGUGGCACAUGUAACAGGGCCAGUUCUGGAGAUCAAAGUGGUCAAGUGGGCAUAUAUGGGGUAUGGGACUUAAUGGAAAUUAUGGGACAGACUCUGGAAUCUGAGAGUUCAAAGAGCAGCCCAUACCGGAGAAGACCCCAGGGGUUUAUGUCUGAUACUGCUUAAGGGAGCCAAAGAAGAACAGGAAAACCUGAGGGGAAUCUCAGCAGCAAUGUGAUGGAGUAGAGGAAAAAUUCAGGGAGACUUGGGUUGAGUAAGAAUAAGGCAGGUUUCCCCAACCUGCUGCCCUCCAGGUGUUGUUGGGCUACAGCUCCUAAUUGGCCAUGCUGGGUGGUGCUGAUGAGAAUUGCUGUCCAAAAUGUUUGGAGCACUGUAGGUUAGGGAGGGCUGAAAGAGUGAAUAGGCAGAUGCUAGGAGUGCUCACUGGAAGGACAGAUCCUGAAGCUGAGGCUCAAAUACUUUGGCCACCUCAUGAGAAGAGAAGACUUCCUGGAAAAGACCUGGGAAAGACCCUGGAAAAGAUCCUGAGGAGAAGGGGACAACAGAGGACGAGAUGGUUGGACAGUAUUCUUGAAGCUACCAACAUGAGUUUGACCAAACUGUGACCAGAAGCCUUUCUACUUGGAAUAAUAGGAUUGGAAUCGCCCAAAAAGGAUGUUAGAUUGUUUUUGUAUGCCACCACUGCAACAAGAAUUUUACUAGCCAAAAAUUGGAAAUCGCAAGAAAUAGCAACAGUAUAAGAGUGGCAGAUGAAGAUGUUGGACUUUUCGGAGCUGGCCUACCUGAUUGGAAGAAUCCACGAUCAGAAGGAAGAGGAACACCAAGAACAAUGGAAGAAAUUUAAACAUUAUUUAGCUAAAUAUAUUACAAUAGAAGCCACUUGAAUUUAUCAAUUUGGCUUAGGAAUAGAAUAUGACUAAAAGAAGUAAAGAAAGUAAUUUGAAAAAGUAAAUUUUGUUAGAAAGAAGAUAUUGGAAAACUGUUAGAAGGGGAUACAAUAGAAUUCAGUUAGGGGGGAUUUGGGGAAGACAGUUAACAAUGAAAACUAAAUUGGAUUUUAGAAGGAUUAUGUGUUUAUUUGUAUGUUCUUUUUCUUUUUUCCUUUUUUUUCCCUUUUUGUAUGUUAUAUUUGUUAUAAACUUGGAAAACCAAUAAUUUUUUUUUGAAAAAACAAACAAACAAACAAAACAAAACUGUGGGAGACAGUGGAAGACAGGAGUGCCUGGCGUGUUCUGGUCCAUUGGCUCACGAAGAGUCGGACACGACUAAUUGACUAAACAACAACAAGGAGCCAGAAGAAGACCUCUCUACUGGAAAGGACUUGUCACAAAGUCAGGGCAGCAGACUGAGGAGGGACUACCAGUGUCAGGCUUCAGGGAAUCUGCUCCCCCUCCCUCAUGGCAGGCUGCCAGUAACGGAAACACAAGAAGCUCUUACCAAGGUCUUUUAUUCCAUAUUCACACAGAGAGAUGUAGAAAUGUCAUCUCUUGGGUAAUGGCAUUACUCAGAGUAAUCUCCUCCUCCCUUCCCUUUUCAGUUGUCAACAGCCCCAGCCCCCUUACUGUGUCUGCUUAGGGACAAUUGCCUCUGGGCUCUCUGCUCUCCUACUUUCAUUGACCACCUGGUUCUGGGUGAAGGGAGGUCUGGAAUGCUCUCUAGUGAUAACGUGUCAGCCAGCUAUUCCUGCUCUCCUUCUCCCAUUAUUUCCCAGCUUUGCCUGAUCUAUACUGUCCUCUUCUCAGGAAGGUUAAGGAGAAAGGGGGGGGGGCUGUCUCCACUAUUCCUCCUGCUAUAUCCAGUACCUGACAACCAGUUGCCAGAGCAUCAGCAUCCAAUAAACAGAUGUGUGUAUCUGGUAGGGAUCUGUUGUCCCCAUUGUGCCAACUACUGUGGAGACAGUAGUUCAUUUUGGUAUAUCCUUUCAUUAACUCUAUGUUCUCAUUACAGGGUUGCACUUUUUACUGGGGGUUCACGUCUUGGCUUGCUUACUACAUCAAUCACCCUCAGUACACUCCUCCAUGUAAGUACAGUGGUGCCUUGGGUUACAUACGCUUCAGGUUACAUACGCUUCAGGUUACAGAUGCUUCAGUUUACAGACUCUGCUAACCCAGAAAUAGUACCUCGGGUUAAGAACUUUGCUUAUUAUUAUUAUUAUUAUUAGGGGCUGUUUUUCCUUUUUUCAAGUCAGGAUUUCAGAAUUCCACACCAAAACAGGACGGCAAUUUCUAGCAAUAUUUCAGAUAUUAGACAGGAAAGGAGGGAAGGAAUGCAGAGGUAUAGCUUUAGGCUCCAACCCAGUGAAGGGUCAGUAAAAAAUACUGUCCCUGUGCAGAGGAGAGAAUUUGAGUGGUUUCAAUUCAAUUUUUCUGAAAUAUGCAACCUCCUUUUGGAAACCCACGACAGUCUUGUCUAGGAGAUGUAGCAAUAGAAGUCGCAUAGUUAGGCAACAUGUAAAAUGAAGUUGGUUCCUGCCUGAGUUUGCGAGGCAUUGCUUCAUAAGGAGGGGCACACAUAAAAAAACUCCAGAGAUGUCUAAAGAUGAGGCUUCUAAGGAGAACAAGGCCUAUUCACUAUACAGUUUUACCUCUACUUAUGUAUCCCUCCGGAUACGUAAACAUCGGGUUGUGAACACAGCAAAACCGGAAGUGUAUACUUCUGGGUUUCGCCACGCGCACAAGUGCAGAAGCGCCCUGUGCACCUCACACGUGCGCAGAAGCGGUGCCUCUAGAUACAGACUUUUCAGGUUGCAGACGGACCCCUGGAAUGAAUUAAGUUCGUAUCCAGAGGGUCCACUGUAUAACCAAAAAAAGGCUUAAGUAGACUUCACAUUACAGUGGUACUUCUGGUUGCGAACGGGAUUCGUUCCGGAGCUCCAGUCAGAUCCUGAGGAAUUCGCAAACGGAGGUGCUGCUUCUGUGCAUGCAGUGGCGCAGUUUACCACUUCUGUGCAUGCAUGAGGUGCAUAGACUGCUUCUGUGCAUGUGCGCGCAGCGAAACCCGGAAAAAUACUUCCGGGUUUGCCACGUACGUAUCCCAAAGGAUACGUAACCGGAGAUGAACUUAAGUAGAGGUAGCACUGUAUAUGUAAGACUAAGGUGGGAUCUAGACACAUAGAAAACGUUGUGAAAAUCCUUUUAAAAAAAAAAUAUUGAAAAAUAUAUUGAAUUUGCCAUAGCUCACGAUUGCCAUCUUGUAUAAUGCACCUUACAACACACUUGAAACGUUUUAAUUGCAGCUGUAUAGCUGAGUCCUAAUUAUGUUUUCAUUCUGUUUUCUAGCAUUUGGGAACAAGCAAGUUACUAUUUCUGCCCUUGUGUUUCUGGUAUGUAUGGGCAGGAAGUGAGGGAGGGUAAAAAAAUUGAAUGUGGAACACACACACACACACACACACACACACACACACACACACUUUUGCAUAUACUCUCCCAAGACAGGCGAACUAAGAAGGGAGACACUUUCAUUUUUUGUGCCGUUUCCUUAGUGAAUAUCUAUUUGCACUUGCAAAAGCAGCCUGAUGCUCCUUUGUGUGUGCAUGUACAGAAUCUCCUUUUGCAUUGCGAACUUUCUUCUUUUUUUUCUUUUUCUUUUUGCCAUUAUGUCUUUUAUUAAUGAGAUUCAUUAAUGUCAUUACAGAGUUAACUUCAGACAUACACAUACUAUAUAUAUAUAUAUAUAUAUAUAUAUAUAUAUAUAUCUUAAAUUAGUUUAACUUAGAAUGUAAAUUUGACCUACUUCCACUUAGAUUUCAGCUAAGCUAAAAUCAUAUAACGGUGCAUAAAAUAAAAUAAAACAACAACAACAAACUGAAGUAAAAUAAAUAUAGACUUCCCAUCAUUUCCCGAUCUAGUUGACAUUUGUGAUUUUGAAUGUACUUAUAUACAUUCUAAUACUUUCUUACAACCUAGUGUACCGAUUUUCCUUUUUUUUUGCCAAUAAAUUUUUAUUAGUUUUCCAUACAAUUAUACAUUUUUAUCCAAAUUUUAACAUAUCAUCUCUUUUUGAACUUCCUUCAGCGUCUCUGACAAUCAUCCAUAUUUAUAUCUUUAAUACACAUUCCCUUCAUUCGUAUUGCCAUUAAACUUCCCUUCUCCUUCUAUUUCUUAUUAACAAUACUUCUUUGUUUUUACAGUGCCUCCUGAAAUCCCACUAGUGUUGUUUUCACGUCACACACAUUUUUCAGAUACUCUACAAACUUUCCCCAGUCUUCGAUGAACUUUUGGUCUCUGUUGUAUCUAAUUUUCCCAGUCAGUUUGUCCAGAUCCGCAUAGUCUGUCAGUUUCAUUCUCCAUUCUUCUAUCGUCGGUAUUUCCUCUUGUUUCCAUUUCUGGGCCAACAAGAUUCUAGCUGCCGUAACUGCAUAUUGGAAAAGUUUACAGUCUUUUCUUCUUAUUUCCUUUCCUGUAAUCCCUAAAAGAAAAGCCUCUGGUUUUUUUUACAAAAGUAUAUCUUAACAUCUUUUUCAUUUCAUUAUAAAUCAUUUCCCAAAAACUUUUCACUUUCUUACAUUCCCACCACAUAUGGAAGAAUGUUCCUUCUUUUCCUUUACAUUUCCAACAUUUAUUACACGUCUUAUACAUCUUUGCUAGUUUUACUGGUGUAAUGUACCAUCUAUAAAACAUUUUCAUAACAUUUUCUUUCAACGCCAUACAUGCAGUAAAUUUUACAUUCUCUUUCCACAGUUUUUCCCAAUUAUCAAAUUGUAUGUUUUAUCCAAAAUCUUUGGCCCAUUGUAUCAUUACGGAUUUAACCUCUUCAUCUUUCGUAUGCCAUUCCAACAAUAUCUUAUACAUUUUUGACAAAGUUUUACAUUCAUUGUUUAUUAUAUCUGUUUGGAAUUUAGAAUCUUUUUCUACAUAACCUCUUUCUUUUAAAUCUUUUUUAAACAUUUCGUUUACCUGGAAAUAAUGCAACCAGUCAUAUACAUGGUCUUUAACUUGUUCAUAUGGUUUUAGUUUCCAUUUUCCUCCUUCUUUAAUUACCAAUUCUCCAUAUGUGAUCCAUUUACCUCUCAUAUUAAUCUUUUUUACACUCAUAACCUCCAACGGAGAUAGCCAAUGUGGAACUUUUGGUUCCAGUAAAUUUUUAUAUCUUUCCCAUAUUUCUAUUAGCGAACUCCUGAAAAUGUGGUUUCCGAAACCUUUAUGGACUUUCUUCUUAUCACACCAUAGAUACGCGUGCCAACCAAAUCUGUUUUGAAAACCUUCAAGAUCUAGUAACUCCUUAUUUUCUAAUUUUAUCCAUUCCUUUAGCCAACAUAGGCAUGCUGCUUCAUAAUAUAAUUUCAUAUCUGGUAGGGCGAAGCCUCCUCUUUCUUUUACAUCUGUCAAUAACUUAUAUUUUAUUCUUGGCUUCUUCCCCUGCCAGAUAUACCUUGAAAUCACUCUUUGCCAUUCUUUAAAAAUUCCUAUCCCCUUUAUAAUGGGGAUAGUCUGAAAUAAGAAUAACAUCUUUGGCAGUACGCUCAUCUUUAUCAUAGAAAUUCUGCCCCAAAAAGAUAGUUUCAUUCUACCCCACACCUCCAGAUCAUUCCUUAUUCCCUUCCAAACCGGAAUAUAAUUAUUUUGAUACAAAUCAAUAUUUUUGGGAGAUAACCAAAUUCCCAGAUAUUUUACCUUUUUCACCACCUCUAUCUCUGUCUGUUGCUGCAUUGUUUCAAUCUUACUUUGUUCCAUAUUUUUUGCAAUCAUUUUAGUCCUUUUCUUAUUCAGUCUAAAUCCGGCUACCCUUCCAAAUUGUUCAAUCUCAUCCAAUACCUCUUUUACACUUUCUAUUGGUUCUUCGAUUGUUAUUACCAAAUCAUCGGCAAAGGCUUUAACUUUAUACUCAUUCUGACCUACUGUCACCCCUUUUAUUUGUUUAUUUUGUCUAAUCGCAUUUAAAAAGACCUCCAGAACCGUUAUAAAUAACAAUGGCGAGAGCGGGCAACCGUGUCUUGUUCCUUUAGAUAUUUUUAUAUCUUCUGUAAUUACACUAUUGACUAUCAAUUUUGCUCUCUGUUCUGUAUAGAUUGCCUUAAUACCAUUUAGAAACUCUUUCCCCACAUCCAUAUGUUCUAAAUUUUUCAACAUAAACUCCCAUACAAUAUUAUCAAAGGCCUUUUCUGCAUCCACAAACAUUAAAAUUGCUUGUUUCUCAUUCCUAGCAGUCAGAUAUUCUAGAACAUUAAUUAUAUUCCUUAUAUUAUCUUUCAUUUGUCUGCCUGGUAGGAAACCUGCUUGAUCUUUAUGGAUAAUUCUUAUCAGUAUCUUUUUCAUUCUCUUCGCUAAAAUCCCCGCAAAUAUCUUGUAGUCCGUGUUCAAUAAUGAAAUAGGCCUAUAAUUUUUAACUUGGGUUAAAUCCGAUUCUUGUUUUGGAAUCAAAGUAAUAUAUGCUUCUUUCCACGUUUCUGGGAUGUCUCUUUCUUUUAAAAUAUUGUUCAUAACUUCUUUCAAUGGGGUCAUCAACACAUCUUUCAUUUCUUUAUAAUAACUUGAUGUAAAUCCGUCUGGUCCCGGGGCUUUCCCUCUCUUCAACUCUUUUAUGACCUCUUUUACUUCCUCUGUUUCUAUUGGGGCGUUCAGCUGGUCUUUUUGUUCUGUCGGGAUCUUCUGCACCUUUUUAUCUCUUAAAUAUCUUUCUAUUUUCUUCAUAUUAUUCCUUUCUUUAUUUCUGUACAGUUGCCUGUAGAAGUCCAAGAAUCCUUUUCUGAUUUCUUUCGGAUUAACUGUCUCCUCGCCAUUUACCAUAAUUUUAUUGAUUGUGCUCUGCUCCUUUCUCUUUUUAAGUUGCCACGCAAGCCAUUUUCCUGAUUUAUUAGUGAACUCAAAGUUUUUCUGUCUUAACCUUUUAAUAUUCCAUUCCACUUCCUUGUUUAUUAUCAUUCCAAAUUGAGUUUGAAGGGUCUUAAUCUCUUGCUUAAUUUUUAAGUUGUUUGGUUUUUUUAUUAAUUUUUGCUCAUUGUCCAUAAUCUGCUUUAAAAUUUCUUUUUUCCCUUUUUCCCUAUUUUUAUUCUUCAAUGAGUUCUGCUGAAUGAAAAAUCCUCUCAUAACUGCUUUGCUUGCGUCCCAAACUAUAUUCAUCUUUGUACCUUUAUUGAUAUUGUCCAUAAAAUAUUCAGAUAAUUUCUUUUGUGCUUUUUCUACAAUCUUCUGGUCAUCCAGCAAGUAGUCAUUAAUUCUCCAUCUGAAAGUUCUUUCUUCAAAACCUUUUAGUUCCAUUUUUAUUGGGUUGUGAUCUGAAAUUACUUUGAGUUGUAUUUCAAUUUGUUGAAUUCUUGGAGUCAAUUCAUUCGAUACCCAUAUUUGAACUAUUCUUGACAUUGACUGAUUCGGUUCUGAGUAAUAGGUAAAUUGCUUCUCCAAUGGGUGUCUAAGUCUCCAGAUGUCAAUCAAGUUACAGUUCUUAGUCAUCAUAAAGAAGGUCUUAGGCAAUUUCCCUUCUUUAUUCAUUCCUUCUCUUAGUCUAUCCAUUUCCAAUGAAACCACUCCGUUCAUGUCUCCCAUUAUUAUAAUUUUCUGAUCCAUGUAUUCAAAUAAUUUUUCCUCCAGAGCUUUGUAAAAAUCAGUCUUAUUUCCAUUUGGUGCGUAGAUCCCGACAAUUAUUAAUUUUUUGCCUUGCCAUUUGAUCUGAACUGCUAUAAUUCUUCCUUCUUCAUCUUUAAAUAUUUGGUGAGAUUCAAUUUUGUUUUUAAUAUAUAACACAACUCCCCUUUUUUUCUCUUUGUCCGAAGAAAUAAAUUCAUUCCCGAGUCUUUUGUUAAUCAGAAUUUUCCUGUGUCUCUUUGCCACAUGUGUUUCUUGUAAACAUAUGAUGUCCAAAUUUUUCUUUUUAAAAAAUUGUUCAAUUUUGUUUCGUUUCUUCUUAUCAUUCAUCCCAUUAAUGUUCCAAUUCCAUAAUUUUAACGCCAUAAUGUCUUCCAAUUGAAUAAAUUUGGUUUAGUUUCCUUAUAACCUAUCUACCUCUUCUUCUUCUUCUUCCUUUUCUUCUUCCGAUUUCUUUCCGUUCUGUUCUUCUUCUCCUGAUUCAGACUCUUCCUUGGAUCCUGCUCCUCCUUCUGCACCUUUGACCGCUUCUUCUUCCACUUGUAAUUCCUUGUACCUUCUCGUAAAUUUCCCUAUUUCUUCUGGGCUUAUCAAUCUGUGUUUCUUGCCUUUGUAAAAGAACGAGACUCCCUCAGGAAAUUCCCAUCUGAAGUCAAUCUUGUUUUUCUUAAGGAUCUGCACCAAUGGCUUAUAUGGGUCUCUGUUUCAACAGCCUUAUUGGUAUAUCUUUAAAGAUAAUUAUGUAAUUCCUGUCUAUGUAUAGUCUUUUAUCUCUGUUCUUCUGUAAUAUCAAAUUUCUCAUCUCUCUGUCCUUGAAUGUAAUUAAGCAGUCACCAGGGAAUUUCCUUGCUUUACUUGUCCUUACUUUCAUUCUAAAUGCAUUUUGAACUGUUUUUGCAACUUCUUCUACUGGCAUCUCCAGCCACUGCACAAUUUCCGUUAUCAGUCUCUCUCUUAUAUUUUCGUUCUGUAUCUCCGGCACUGAUCUCAGCCUCAGAUUCACUUCCCUCUGUCUCAGCUCAUUCAUAGCAAUCACAUCUUUAAUUUCUUCCUGUGAUUUGUUUAUUUCCAUCAUCUCAGUCUUCAUCCUCUCUUCCUCCCGUUUUACCUCUCUCAUUUCCAAUUUUGUCCUCUUCAUCCCCUCCUCCAAUGAUUGAGUUCUUUUAGAUACCUCUUUUAUUUGCCCUUUCAGUUCAUUGACUGUCUCAUCAAUUUUUUUAUCCAUUUUCCCAAUUUUAUUAUCCACUUGUUCCAAUUUUGUUUCCAAUUUUUUUCCCACUUUGUUUUAUCUCUGCAAACAUUCUCAAUAUUUCUGUUCUAAACUCUGUUUCUUGCUUUGAUGCUCUCCUGUCAGUCGACGCCCCUCCCUCUACCCCUUUUUUUGGUUGAUGUGACAUUUCCCUUCACAAAAAUACCAAAAUAUAACCAAUACAAAAACAAAUUUCUCAAAUUAGUUAUUUGCCUUAAAUUUAGUCAAUAUAACUUAAACAGUUUCCCAAUUGUUCAAAUAAUUUUUACCGUUACAAUUUUGAUAUCCUUUCCAAAACAUAAAAAUACAGAAUACAAUUACUUAGCAUUACUCCGUAAUUUUAAAAAAUAAUAUAGGAAGGGAAGGAGCGGAUCGUAACUUUUAUAAGAGGGAAUGCUUCCCCCUUUAACCACUUCUAAACAUAAAGAGGCUGUCAAAACCUGAACCAGAAUUAAGAUGUAGGCCAGUCUUCUUGCCCCCACUCAGGCUAAUCCUCAGUUAGAUUCUUUAGAUGUCCUCUUGGAUAUUUCAUGAACUGAAUAAAACUAUAAUCCAAAAAUAAAUUGAAUUGAGAUAAUAAAAUUGUAAUCCAGGUUGUAAUCCGAAUAAUUUAAAUUGCAUUCCAAUAAGAUAUCCAAAUAUGGUUGUUUCCUAAAAAAGAAAAAAGAAAAAUUCCUUUAUUUCUUGAUAUUUUAUGUACACAAGGGUACAUUCCAAAUGAGACAAUUGUGAACCUGGGCAACAAGUCUGCCUGCAAAAAGAUGACAAAACUCUUCGUACCUUCACUGUUAAAAUAUAUCUUCCAUGAUUCCUCUCUGGAUCAGGUCUGCACAAUGUAUGACCAUCAAAGCCAAAUAUAGUCUGCUAGUGAUGGAUAGCAGUGUAUUCAAGACUUCGUAAUUCUCUUGGCUCUGCUGCCUGCGUAUGUGUGUGAAGCAUCUGGCAGGGAACAAAUAUUGGCUGGUGGCUUGUACGUAGGCUGGGUAGUCACACAUUCUUGAAAGUAAAUGCCAGUGAUAUCUAAGGGUUAUACUUCAAAGUAAAUUCUCUGAGGACUGGGACAUCGAUUCAAGAAAUGGAUGAGGUCAUUUGCGCAAGUCACCUUGUUGUCGAUGUUACCAGGGCUCUGCAAUAUAUUUUCCUUUCUUGAUGCCCAUGUUCUUUCAAAUCGUGAAAGCUCAGUGAGGGUCCCUCUAUCUCUCCCAGUGGGUGUGAGUGGAAAAUUUGAUGCGAUUCUCCCUGGCUGAUCUUAUUUUAUAUUUAGCCAUUCUUCUAGACUGCCUUUCAUCUCAAGGGAUCUCAGAAUGGUGCAUAAAGCACCUUCAUCUUCCCCAUCAUUGUGGGGACAAGCUAAAUUUAUGAUUCUACAGUUAAAGUCUGAAAAUCUAAUGCUUUUUUAUUUUUGCAAAUUUUUUUUCAGUUGUGUGAAGCUGGGAAUCAUUUUAUCAAUGUUGCAUUAGUCCAUCAAAACCAAUCAGGUCUGUAGUUCGUUCAUAAUUGCUUACAUAUGAUGAUCCUCCUAAUGUUCUGUCUGUCCGGGGUAGAAAUUCAAGUGACCAUAUCUAGUGGUGAACUUUGGUAAUUUGGUACCCUGAGCAAGGACAAAAUUUGGUGCCCCCUAAAUAUUUCCUAUUUUUCACAAUAAUUCAUUUGGGGGCAAGUCUGUGAACACUCAUGAUGCUUCUUUAUCUACAUAUGUAUACGAUUACAUAAGAACACUCAAAGUACACAUGUCCCAAUACAAUGGCCUUUAACCCAGAGUCAUAGUUUGGCCCAGUAGAAAUUUAAAUUUCCAGGAAAGGGAAUAGGCAAUAAGAUGACAAACCAGAAUUUAGGAUACAGUGGUACUUCGGGUUACAGACACUUCAGGUUACAGACACUUCAGGUUACAGACUCAGAAAUAGUACCUCGGGUUAAGAACUUUGCUUCAGGAUCAGAACAGAAAUUGCGCGGCGGCAGCGGGAGGCCCAAUUAGCUAAAGUGGUACUUCAGGUUAAGAACAGUUUCAGGUUAGGAAUGGACCUCCAGAACAAAUUAAGUUCUUAACCUGAGGUACCACUGUAUUUGAAAACGUAAUUUAUUACAGAUAUAUAGGAAUGGAGGAGAAAUGUGAUUCACUACUCAUUUAAAACAAAAUCUGUCAAAUUCAUACUUUCCAAAAUGGCAUGUGAACCAAAACACAUCUAUUAUUUGAAAUUUGCACCUGUCUGAAUUUUGUUUUGAAGUUCUUUAACCACACAAUGUUUACAAAAAACCAUUAUAUUAGGGGAAAUUGCUUGCAAAAAAAAGGUAACAGCAUAUUAAAAUGUGCUUAUUCGGAGAAAUUCAUGCAAAAAUGUUGAUUGAUUAUUUUUUUUAAUUGCAAAUUGCUGCAAAAUAUUGACAACAGAAUUUAACAUUGGGACACUGAGAAACUGCGAGAGAUUUGACAGGUCCCUCGAUCCCUAUAUUCAACCAAGUUCAGCUCAAAGCAGACCCAUUGAAAUCAAUGGACCUAAGUUAAUAGUGUCUAUUAAUUUCAGUGGGUCUACUCUGAUUUAGUAUGUCUAAACCCAGAAUUCCCGUGUCAGAUUUGUCAAGCUCUUACAGCGGCAAUACAGUGUGCUGCUCUUUAGUAGGAAAUACGGUAUGCUAGAAUUAUUUUGCUGCCAUUUUCCUAUGGUGGGAGUACCGCCGCACUAUUGUACAUUCUGCAUCUACGCCAUACGAUUUAAAACACUUUGCAAUUUGUUUAAAAUAGUCCUUUCCCCCCACCCCCUCAAAUCCUGGUAACUAAGAUUGUGAAUGUGAGAAGAAUCCUUUUGUUAGUCCUUUCCAUAACACUUGUUCUCAGGAAUACUUGGCUCAGAAGCUGUCACAGUUAAAAUGUGUUUGAAGCUGAUUUCUAACUGUAGUGUGGUCAGUAGACAAUAGAAAUUCAUAGGUUGGAAUUGACUUCUCAUUCCUCAAACUGUUAUAAUGAAAUAUUGGUCUUUUUUCUUUUCCUUAUAGGCAAUAAAGGCUCUUUCCCAAGCCCAUCAAUCAACCCUUUCACAUGGCUGUUUCUGUUUGUUUCCUGCCCAAACUAUACAUAUGAGGUGCUAUUAUUAUUAUUAUUAUUAUUAUUAUUAUUAUUAUUAUUAUUUCCCCCUUCUUGCCUUGCAUCUGUGCCAGCUAGCUAAGCAAGUACUGUAAGUACUUUUAAUUCACUUACAGAUAUCUCACAGUGACUUCUGCUUUGAUCCAGGUCACUCACGGCUUCCAGAGGAGCUGUCUUUGAAAAAGGUGUUGGCUUAUAAAAUGACCUUGUUUUACAAAAAAUAAAAAAGGUUUAUAAGCUUUGUCCUGAAUCUGUUGGAAGAUUCAGGGCAGAUAAAGGAAAGUACCAUAUUUUUCGCUCUAUAACACGCACCCGACCAUAACACGCACAUAGUUUUUAGAGGAGGAAAACAAAAACAAAAUAUUCUAAAUAAAACAGUGGAUGUAUGAUUUUUGUGGUUCAUGCUGUGGCCACAGACAUGUGAUCUGACGGUGAGUUUGGGGUAGCCCAAUGCAAAAAUCCUGAGCAUCCAUAUGGAUCCAUGCUUUGUAACCAUGUUUUUGCACCACUGUGGCCCCAGGCAACAGUGGGUGCGUGGUUUUUUGGGUGCAAGCUGUAGCCAUGGACAUGCUAUGUGAUCUGAUGGUGAAUUUGGGGUGACCCAGUGCAAAAAUCCUGAGGAUCCAUGUGGAUCCGUGCUUUGUAACCAGGCUCUCUGUCCCUCUCUUCUCCCCACUCAGCAACUCUUCUCCCGCUUUGCUGUUUCAAAGCGAGCAAAGUGAGCCACGGAGGAGGGAAGGAAGGGGAACCAUGGAUCCUCUGCUCACGACUGCAGCAGAUCCCCCCGCCAUCCGUAGGCAUUCGCUCCAUAACACGCACAGACAUUUCCCCUUACUUUCUAGGAGGAAAAAAGUGAGUGUUAUGGAACAAAAAAUACGGUACUUCUUCACACGGCAUAUAGGUAAACUAUGGAACUCACUUCUCCCAGGGGGCCAAGGCUGGCCGCCAACUUUGAUGGCUUUAAAAGAGUAUUAGACAAAUUCGUGGAGGAGAGGGCUAUCAAUGGCUACUAGCCAGGAUGGUGUCGGGAUUCACAGAAUGCUGUGUGAGAUAGUAAGUCUGCAGGCUUGAGUUUGCUAGCUGAUGCAACUGGCUGAUGCAAUCAGCCUGCAUUACUUUCUAUGGAGGUGCUGGGUCAGAAUGACUCAGAAGAUGUGCUGACAGUUGAUUGGCUGUUAUCGGUUUAAAAUGGAAACCUGUCCAGCAGUAAAGGUGUGGUGUAGAGGAGUGUGGUCACAGAGAGAGAGUUAGAGGUCUUCCUGUUUGCCUUAAGGUGCAGCCAGGUACUCUGUUUUUGACUGUAUGAACUGCUCGUGUAUUCUAGCCUGUAGAUAUGUGUAUAUAUAAAGGUAAAGGACCCCUGACCAUUAGAUCCAGUCAUGACCGACUCUGGGGUUGCGGCGCUCAUCUCGCUUUACUGGCCGAGGGAGCCAGCAUACAGCUUCCGGGUCAUGUGGCCAGCAUGACUAAGCCGCUUCUGGCGAACCAGAGCAGCGCACGGAAAUGCCGUUUACCUUACUGCUGGAGCGGUACCUAUUGAUCUACGUGCACUUUGACGUGCUUUCAAACUGCUAGGUUGGCAGGAGCAGGGACCGAGCAACGGGAGCUCACUCCGUUGCGGGGAUUCGAACCACCAACCUUCUGAUCGGCAAGUCCUAGGCUCUGUGGUUUAACCCACAGCACCACCUGCGUCCUGUGUAUAUAUAGCUCACAAUAAAUAUACUGCACUGAAGAACCUGGAACUCUGAGCAUUUCUGCUAAAGCACCGCGGAAAAUUCUAUACUCUGCUUCCACAGAUGGAGGCAGUAAUGCUUCUGGAUUCCACUUGCUUUAAACCACAGGAGAGGAAAGGGAUCUUGUGCUUGGGUCCUGUGUUUUGGUUUCCCACAAGCAUUUGGUUGGCUACUGUAAGAACACAAUGCUGUAUUAGAUGGGUCAUUGGCCUGAUCUAGCACGCUCUGUUGAAGCUCUUUGGUAACAUGCAUGGUUUGCCUUCAUAAGGCCACAGUUAAUUUGUGGUCCAAGCUAGGAUGCUAAGGAGAACCGCAACCUGGUUUCUUGAGUGAAGCUUUGAACUCCGUUUUCACAAACUGGACCCUUCACCUUCCUGGGUCUGCCUUUGUAACACCAGUUCUUAUAGAAUCCACUUCAGCUCCACUUCAAGUCUCCUCCCAUCGGUGGUGUGUAUUUUGUCACCUUUGUGUCCACUCACCUACCAGUGCUUUGCUACUUGGGAUGCGGGUGGCGCUAUGGUAUAAACCACUGACCCUCUUAGGCUUGCCGAUCAGAAGGUUGGCAAUUCGAAUCCCCAUGACAAGGUGAGCUCCCGUUGCUCUGUCCCAGCUCCUGCCAACCUAGCACUUCGAAAGCACACCAGUGCAAGUAGAUAAAUAGGUACUGCUGUGGUGGGAAGGUAAACGGCAUUUCCGUGCACCUUGGUUUCCGUCACGAUGUUCCAUUGUGCCAGAAGUGGUUUAGUCCUGCUGGCCACAUGACCUGGAAAGCUGUCUGUGGACAAACGCUGGCCCCCUUGGCCUGAAAGCGAGAUGAACGCCGCAGCCCCAAAGUCGUCUUUGACUGGACUUAACCAUCCAGGGGUCAUUUACCUUUUUACCUUUUUAUUUUUUUUUACUUGGGCGAAUUACCUAUGUAUUCAAAAUGGAAGGACUGGCACUGCUGGAGUCAAGAGUUGGCAAGACCUUGUAUAAGACAGACAGUUGUUUAUCUUUAAGUCAACUGUGAUUUCCCCCCCUUUGCAACAGAUUGGUUCUUGGAUGAGCUUUACGGUGAUGACACAAACACUGCCAGGUAAGAGCAGAAAUAGUCUCCAGCUGGGAUCUUUGAAUAAGCUUGUUCACCAUCACCCAGAAAACAUUCUUGAUGAGAAAAUGAUCAGCGUGGCUUAGAAUUAACUUCUGCAAUUGAAGUAGAAAUUAUAAAUAUUACAUAUCCUAACUGAGUCAAGUAUUUGUGGUUGAUCAUCUUUUCAAUAAUGAAUUUAAAUAUACCUAUAUAUUAUCAAUAUUCAUUUAAGUGUGAUGGAAGUGCACUUGGGGUAGUCAAUGUGUUGGCCUCUCAUCUUCUCUGACCAUUGACCAUGUUGACUGAGGCUGAUGGGAAUUGGAGUCCACAUUACAUUGAAGGGCAUUAUAGUGGCUACCCUCUGGUGUAAAUUAAUUUUAGAGAUGGGUGGAACCCACAAGUUUUGUUCUGCCACAUUUUUGGUGGAUAGAGCAGAAUGAACAUUUCCUUGGAAGAACUCCAUAGCUGACCCCAGCGAUCAGCCUUCUCUAUGGUUCGAUCACCGAAGAAUUGAUGCUUUUGAAUUAUGGUGCUGGAGGAGACUCUUGAGAGUCCCAUGGACUGCAAGAAGAUCAAACCUAUCUCAGGGUGGUUCACAACAUAAAAUCACAGUAUAAAGAGCACAAAAUACAUAAUAAAUUCAUCAAGUGCAUCCAUAGCAAAUGAUUGGGGAAGAUGCGGCACAUGGCGAAUUUCUGUCUAGGCAUUAACCACUGUUAAUGCGGGAGCAAUGACACCUGGCUUGGGAGCAGUACAUGUGAAAAGGAUCUAGGAGUCUUGGUUGACCACAAACUUGACAUGAGCCAACAGUGUGAUGCGGCAGCUAAAAAAGCCAAUGCAAUUCUGGGCCUCAUCAGUAGGAGUAUAGCAUCUAGAUCAAGGGAAGUAAUAGUGCCACUGUAUUCUGCUCUGGUCAGACCUCACCUGGAGUACUGUGUCCAGUUCUGGGCACCACAGUUCAAGAAGGACACUGACAAACUGGAACGUGUCCAGAGGAGGGCAACCAAAAUGGUCAAAGGCCUGGAAACGAUGCCUUAUGAGGAACGGCUAAGGGAGCUUGGCAUGUUUAGUCUGGAGAAGAGGAGGUUAAGGGGUGACAUGAUAGCCAUGUUCAAAUAUAUAAAAGGAUGUCACAUAGAGGAGGGAGAAAGGUUGUUUUCUGCUGCUCCAGAGAAGCGGACAUGGAGCAAUGGAUCCAAACUACAAGAAAGAAGAUUCCACCUAAACAUUAGGAAGAACUUCCUGACAGUAAGAGCUGUUCGACAGUGGAAUUUGCUGCCAAGGAGUGUGGUGGAGUCUCCUUCUUUGGAGGUCUUUAAGCAGAGGCUUGACAACCAUAUGUCAGGAGUGCUCUGAUGGUGUUUCCUGCUUGGCAGGGGGUUGGACUCGAUGGCCCUUGUGGUCUCUUCCAACUCUAUGAUUCUAUGAUUCUAUGAGCCACCUCCAGCACCAUAAUUAAAAAGUAUAAUAAAACAUUAAACAUUUUUUAAAAAAUCCCUAUACAGGGCUGCCUUCAGAUGUCUUCUAUCACCCAAGCUGUUCCUUCACAUGCCCAGGUUCAGCAUUUCCCAUAAUGUCUCAACCAGGAAGUUGUGGUUAAGGACUCCCCUCAAACUAGGAUAUGACCUGAAUUGAAUCCCAAACAGAACAAGGGAUGGCAGCAUGAGUCUUCCUCCCAUCUCUAUGCCUUACUCAUGAGGAAGAAGGAAGAUAAGCUGCAGCUGCUGGACUCAAUUUAAAAAAGAAGAAGUUUUACACCCUCUCCAGAAGCUAUUCCUGCACAGAUAGGGACGGGCAAGACUUGGUCAUAUGCUUAAAACAAGUAUGUUAUGUUUUGUGUCUUCAUUAUGUGGUUAGAUAGGAAAUGAUUCUUCUGACAUGCCACUGUCGAUACCUGGAGAUCAGUAGUCUUUUUCUUCCCUCUCUCUUCAGUUGGAGUUUUUGCGUUACUAAUGGCUAUCCAGAUGGCUCAAUGGGCCCGAAAGAAGCACCAACUUUACCUGAAAAAGUGCACUACCUACAGAUGGAGAAAAAGAGCCAUGAUUCCAUUUAUACUGUAAAUGCAAGCAGAAACGGCCUGUGAUGAUCCAGCAUGAAAAGUAAAACAACAACAGAAAUUUGAUCUGUUUCGUUAUGGAAUGGGAUGCAGUAGACUUGCUUUCAGACACACCUACAUUUAAGUUUUUUGUUUAAGUGAAAUGCAAAUAUCAGGCCCAGGAUCCAAAGUACUAUUUUAAGUUAACAGAGAGCAUGUGCUAUACCUACAAAAUGCCACGUGGUUCGUCUUUGCCAUCUCCAGCUCAAAAGAGUUGUUGGGAGCAGGCUAGAUGGUUUCUGCCCCUGGAGCCACUGCUGGUAGGAAUUUAUAACAUUGGACACAAUGUACCAAAGGUCUGACACUGUGGGCUUCUUUGUGUGUCACAUUAAUUGUAAAAAAAGGACCCUGUUCCCCCCAUCUGCAGGUGCGACGUUGGACUAAUAAUAAUAAUAAUAAUAAUAAUAAUAUACCUUCCCAUCUGGCUGGGUUUCUCCAGCCACUCUGGGUAGCUCCCAACAGAUUAAAACAGAAUAAAACAUCGAACAUUAAAAACUUCUCUAAACAGGGCUGCCUUCUGAUGUCUUCUAAAAGUCAGAUAGUUGUUUAUUUCCUUGACAUAUGAUGGGAGGGUGUUCCACAGGAUGGGUGCCACUACCGAGAAGGCCCUCUGUGUGGUUCCCUGUAGCUUCACUUCUCGCAGGGAUGGAACCGCCAGAAGGCCCUUGGCGCUGGAUCUCAGUGUCCGGGCUGAAUGAUGGGGAUGGAGACGCUCCUUCAGGUAUACUGGACUGAGGCCGUUUAGGGCUUUAAAGGUCAGCACCAACACUUUGAAUUGUGCUCAGAAACGUACUGGGAGCCGAUGUAGGUCUUUCAAGUCCGGUGUUAUGUGGAUAGAAUCUCACAUGCAGACCAGGUUCUAGUUUUUUGUUUCAAACAAACCAUAGGCACAGAUCUAGAAAUAAACCAAGAACACAGGCAGAUUUGUAUGACACACACAAAAUCAGGUUUUAGUUUGCUUGUGUAGUGCAUGGCACUAGGCCUCACAGGGCUUUUUGAUACCCAGUGUAAUAACUCUUCCGCUUAAACCAACUAAGCUAAGGCUAGAAUUUGAUAUCGCCCUGCUUAGGAGAUAAAUCCCAUUGCACUCUCUUGAACUUACUUGUAACAUGCUUUGGGUCAGGAUACAUGUUGCUUUAAAACAUAGUCACUGAGCUUCACAGCUGCAAAUACAUAUUUUUUUUCAUGUUCUAAACAUGGCAAUGCGUCCAUGCAAUUAUUUUGUUUACUGUCCACCAGAAACAAGCUAAGGUUCAUAUAAGAAUCUUGCUUGAAUGGAUUACAGACUUCUUAUUCUUUCGGGGUUUGGAAUUAAUUUGCCUCUUCUGAUUAGGUAACUCUUGAAUGAAUGAGCAGAUACAAAAGCCAUUGUCUGAAUUAGUAAUUAAAUGGUAAUUGUGAUUAAAUAUGCUUCUGUUCCUAGGUUAUUACGGAAUUAGAUGACAGGAAAUGGAUGGAUUAAAUUAGUUUAAACUUAUCAGACUAAGUAAAACUUUUUAUUUUCAAAUGUAUCUAGACUCGAUCUAAUAUAGUUCAAUUGUAUCAAUAACAUAUUCAUUAUUUUCUUUAUUACAGUACUUAUUAUUUAAAUUGUAUGGGAGUUUUAAAUAAAAAAUGCUAUUUUUU